CACGUCACCAUCCCUGCCCAUUUCCGCGUGCGGCUGUGUGGUUGCCAUGGAGACCGGGCUCAGCGUCCUGACUACGACAGCCGCGCGAGGACAUUCUGAGCAGCCGCGAUCCGGGAGAGGCCGAACGCGAACACCCCGCUCCCAGCGCGCAGCUAUAGGUGACCGGGCAGGCAGGGGUUAAUCAUCAUUAAUGGGAUCAUAGUACUGACCGGGCAGGCAGGGGUUAAUCAUCAUUAAUGGGAUCAUAGUACUGACCGGGCAGGCAGGGGUUAAUCAUCAUUAAUGGGAUCAUAGUACUGACCGGGCAGGCAGGGGUUAAUCAUCAUUAAUGGGCUCACAGUACUGACCGGGCAGGCAGGGGUUAAUCAUCAUUAAUGGGCUCACAGUACUGACCGGGCAGGCAGGGGUUAAUCAUCAUUAAUGGGAUCACAGUACUGACCGGGCAGGCAGGGGUUAAUCAUCAUUAAUGGGCUCAGUGUACUGACCGGGCAGGCAGGGGUUAAUCAUCAUUAAUGGGAUCACAGUACUGACCGCAGGCAGGUUAAUCAUCAUUAAUGGGCUCACAGUACUGACCGGGCGCAGGUUAAAUCAUUAAUGGGAUCAUAGUACUGACCGGGCAGGCAGGGUUAAUCAUCAUUAAUGGGCUCAUAGUACCGGACCGGGCAGGCAGGGGUUAAUCAUCAUUAAUGGGCUCAUACUACUGACCGGGCAGGCAGGGGUUAAUCAUCAUUAAUGGGCUCAGUGUACUGACCGGGCAGGCAAGGGUUAAUCAUCAUUAAUGGGCUCACAGUACUGACCGGGCAGGCAGGGGUUAAUCAUCAUUAAUGGGCUCAUAGUACUGACCGGGCAGGCAGGGGUUAAUCAUCAUUAAUGGGCUCACAGUACUGACCGGGCAGGCAGGGGUUAAUCAUCAUUAAUGGGAUCACAGUACUGACCGGGCAGGGGUUAAUCAUCAUUAAUGGGCUCAUAGUACUGACAGGGCAGGCAGGGGUUAAUCAUCAUUAAUGGGAUCACAGUACUGACCAGGCAGGGGUUAAUCAUCAUUAAUGGGCUCAUAGUACUGACCGGGCAGGGGUUAAUCAUCAUUAAUGGGCUCAGUGUACUGACCGGGCAGGCAGGGGUUAAUCAUCAUUAAUGGGAUCAUAGUACUGACCGGGCAGGCAGGGGUUAAUCAUCAUUAAUGGGAUCAUAGUACUGACCGGGCAGGCAGGGGUUAAUCAUCAUUAAUGGGGUCAUAGUACUGACCGGGCAGGCAGGGGUUAAUCAUCAUUAAUGGGCUUAUUGUACUGACCGGGCAGGCAGGGGUUAAUCAUCAAUAAUGGGAAUAUUGUACUGACCGGGCAGGCAGGGGUUAAUCAUCAUUAAUGGGCUCACAGUACUGACCGAGCAGGCAGGGGUUAAUCAUCAGUAAUGGGCUCACAGUACUGACCGGGCAGGCAGGGGUUAAUCAUCAUUAAUGGGCUCAUAGUACUGACCGGGCAGGCAGGGGUUAAUCAUCAUUAAUGAGCUCAGUGUACUGACCGGGCAGGCAGGGGUUAAUCAUCAUUAAUGGGCUCAUAGUACUGACCGGGCAGGCAGGGGUUAAUCAUCAUUAAUGGGAUCAUAGUACUGACCGGGCAGGCAGGGGUUAAUCAUCAUUAAUGGGAUCAUAGUACUGACCGGGCAGGCAGGGGUUAAUCAUCAAUAAUGGGAAUAUUGUACUGACCGGGCAGGCAGGGGUUAAUCAUCAAUAAUGGGAAUAUUGUACUGACCGGGCAGGCAGGGAUUAAUAAUCAUUAAUGGACUCAUAGUACUGACCGGGCAGGCAGGGGUUAAUCAUCAUUAAUGGGAUCAUAGUACUGACCGGGCAGGCAGGGGUUAAUCAUCAUUAAUGGGAUCAUAGUACUGACCGGGCAGGCAGGGGUUAAUCAUCAUUAAUGGGAUCAUAGUACUGACCGGGCAGGCAGGGGUUAAUCAUCAUUAAUGGGAUCAUAGUACUGACCGGGCAGGCAGGGGUUAAUCAUCAUUAAUGGGCUCAUAGUACUGACCGGGCAGGCAGGGGUUAAUCAUCAAUAAUGGGAAUAUUGUACUGACCGGGCAGGCAGGGAUUAAUCAUCAUUAAUGGACUCAUAGUACUGACCGGGCAGGCAGGGGCUAAUCAUCAUUAAUGGGCUCACAGUACUGACUGGGCAGGCAGGGGUUAAUCAUCAUUAAUGGGCUCAUAGUACUGACCGGGCAGGCAGGGGUUAAUCAUCAUUAAUGGGAUCAUUGUACUGACCAGGCAGGGGUUAAUCAUCAUUAAUGGGCUCAUUGUACUCACUGGGCUGGCAGGGGUUAAUCAUCAUUAAUGGGAUUAUAGUACUGACCGGGCAGGCAGGGGUUAAUCAUCAUUAAUAGGAUUACUGUACUAACUGGGCAGGCAGGGGUUAAUCAUCAGCAGUGAGAUUAUUGGGUAUAUAGACCUUCCUUACAUCAUGUGCUAGCACUGGGCUUGAUAGACCCCCAACGGAUUACACUAUGUGUACACAGGGAAACCUCUCUGUAAAUAUUAUACACAGAUUUAUUUACACCAAGAAGCAGCAUGGAGUGUAUAUAGAACUGAGCAGCUGCUGCAGAACAUCUUGGGUAGUAGCCAUUAUAUCAGAAUACUGUACUCAGCCUAGCCCAGGCUCUUUAACCUUUUAUUAAUAUCAUUUGUAGAGGGAGCGUUUUACAGCUGCUGCAGACUCUGUUAGAACAUGGAACUCUAGUAUUUCUAUAGUGUUUCAAACAUAAGGGAAUCCCAGCAUUACUUUGUAUUACUAUGAUAUAGAGCCCAAUUUAGAACCUGCUGUAAAAGGCACCGAAUUUGCAUCUUAGAUGCUUUGUAAAGUCCACAUGGAUGUGACGUGAUCUAAACAUGGCAUUUAAAGUUCUUAGUUCUCAUGGACUUUAUAUGCAAUUUACAGGGCUGUUUGUUUACACACAGGGUUUUAUUCACUAAACUGAGAAUUGCUGAAAAUUGAAAGUGAAUUUCAAAUUGCAGAUUCAAAAAAAAAAAAACCCUCCAGGUCAGAUUUGAGUUCAGUUUGGUUAUUUUGGCCUUAUAUUUAAAAAUCACGUUAAAUUCCCAGCAAUUCUCAUUUAGUGAAUAAUCCUGUAGUGUUUCUGGGCAUUUUUAACAUAAAGUUUGUGACAUUGCCUUGCUAAAUCCAUAGAGGUGUUUGUCUCAAACUUUUGCAUCUAUUCUCCAUGACAUUUUGGCAAUCUUCCUAUUUCAGGAAUCUGGCCCUUAAAUCUGACACUCCGGUAAUCAGAACAUUCAAUCUGACACUCUGGGAAUUAGCUGGUUCCAUUUUGACCAAUCUACCCAUUCAAUCAAAGCAUCAGUGAAUCACUCCACUCCUCCUGGGACUUUUAAGGAGGGUGUGGGUGAUAACUGACAGUGUUAUUGCUAGGUGCACCUGAGGGUAUACAUUGUACUUUGGUUGCUAACAGUCUGCACAUUGUAAACAUCAGGGGUCACGUAUACACCUAUAGAUCAGUGUGAUUUACCAUUCACAUUGAUUCUACGGGAUCAUCCCUAUAGCCACGGUUAGCCUUCAUGUUUGCAUUCAUUUCCAAAACACUCUCUCUUUGGGUAGGCCCAUCAUGUAUAUCUACCUCCCUAUGGAUUUAUAUUGUACAUAAACCAUGUGUGUGCAUCACAGUAGUGCCUAUUAAACAGUCCUUUUUUGUCAAGUUUCACAAUACUUUUAGUUUUUUCUUAUUUUACAGAUAUUUCGUCUUAUUUUAAAGAUGGACCAAGGAAAAGGAAGCCCAUCGAGUGCAACACCAGAUACUGAAAAGGUAAGUGGGAUUCUGUUCCCCCCUGCUGCAGAAAUAAUCCCACCUGCAGUUCGGGGGGCUUUUAGUGAAAGAAUUAGCGGAAACCACUAUUACAGAUAGGAAAUCCAUUUACAAACUGCAGUGUGAGCACCAAGGAAAUGACGACAUUAUUUUUGCUUGUUUGACAUUUUCUGGAUUAACUAAUAUUGGUCAUGGAAAAUUACUAAACUGGAAAUAGUGUAGAAAUGACAAAGAAAAUGAAACUGGCUUUAAUGGAUUGAAAUAUGCAACUUUCUUUAUGAUUCUUUGCAAUUUCCAGUUUAUUAAAUAAUCCUGUUUCUUUUUCAAGCCAAUUAAACUGUAAUUAUGUAAAAUGUCUUCCACUUGAUGGAAAAAAAAAUAUUAUACCUGUGUUUCAAAGUUAAUGUCAAAAUCCUACUGCUACACGCUCCUCAACUCUGUACUCCCCAAACUGUAGCCUGUUUAACUCUUUACAUUUAAACAGUUUCUCAGUAAUAAUCACAAUUCGACAGUCUGGGAUUGUCAAUCUAAUAGUUAAUCCCAGGGGUGGUGCAUUGUGUUCAGCUAGGGAGAACGAUAAAAUGUAAAGCUACUCUUUAUGUAUACUGUGCCUUAUACAUCCUACACCCAGCAUACAUACCUUCCAGAGAGAUUCUAGACCUCGUAUGAUUCAUUUUAACAUUAGUAGAAGUAGAAAGAAGAUAUUUAAAAAAACAAAAAACAAGCACCAUAGCCAUGGCAGCACACUGUAGUGGUUAUGGUGCCCUGGUAAUAUUGUAAGUAGUCAAACCAUUUUAGAAUGCAUUGACUUCUUACGUGAGGUUCACCAGGCAGGCACUACUCCGUUCCCUACCUCCAUUACAUUACUACUUCCGUUAGCUUUUCUGAGCUAAGCAGUGCAUUGGCUGAGAGCAUCAACUGAUCACUCUCAGCCAAUAAGAUAAGAAUUAAAAAAUAAACAAAUGGUCUACUAUGAAUCCUUUGUAGGGUAAUAAUGAAUGCCACUAGUACUCACAGUCACUGCCAAAGUCUCAUCUGGGCCCAUCGCCUACUAAACAGCCUCUAAUCUCUCUGUAACACACAGGAAAUCCUAGCUAGGUUUAUUUAGCUGCCUGAGAUACAACUAGAGAUUUAAAUCAACUAUAUUAAAGGAUCACUAUAGGGUCAGGAACACAAACAUGUAUUCCUGACCCUAUAGUGUUAACACCACCAUUUAGCCCCCCUGGGCCUCUCAUGCCUCCCUAAAUAUAGCAAAAUCUUACUGUAUUCAAGUCUGAAGCUGUAAAUCUGCAUGCUGUUAGACUCAGAAAAACAAGCAGUCUGCUGACAUGUGAUAGCCUGAUCCAAUCACAAUGCUUUCCCAUAGGAUUGGCUGAGACUGACUAAGAGGCAGAUCAGGGGCAGAGCCAGCAUUAUUCAAACACAGCCCUGACCAAUCAGCAUUUCCUAAUAGAGAUGAAUUGAAUCAAUGAAUCUCUAUGAGGAAAGUUCAGUGUCUGCAUGCAGAGGGAGGAGAUACUGAAUCACAGCAUGCUGUGCACAGACACAGUGCUGCCCUGUGCUCUGCUGACAGCAGAUCUGAGUGGAUGCCUCCAUCAACUCCGAAGUCCCUCUGCUUCACUCUGAGUGACUGCAACAGGAGGUGUUCCUAGCUUUCAGUGUAAACACUGUAUUUUCUCAGAAAAUACAGUGUUUACAUGAGAAAGGCUGCAAGGAGCUAUAGUUCUCACUUGAACAACCUCAUUAAGAUGAAGUUAUUUAGCUGACUAUAGUGUCCCUAUAAAGAAAUAUACCCUAAAUAAAUAGUACAUAUUUCAUUAAUAUGACAGACCAACACCCUAUAAUUCUGGUUGGUGGGAUUAAAGCAAUCCAGACCAACACCCUAUGAUCCUGGUUGGUAGAAUUAAAGGCAUCCAGACCAACAUCCUUUAAUCCUGGAUGGUGGGAUUAAGGGCACCCAGACCAACACCCUUCAAUCCUGGAUGGUGGGAUUAAGGGGGCCAAGACCAACACCCUAUAAUUCUGGAUGGUGGGAUUAAGGGAGCCUAGACCAACACCCUAUAAUCCUGGAUUGUGGGAUUAAAGGCACCCAGACCAACACUCUAUAACCCUGGAUGGUGGGAUUAAGGGCUCACAGACCAACACCCUAUAAUCCUGGAUGGUGGGAUUAAGGGUGCCCGGACGAACACCCUUAAAUCCUGGAUGGUGGGAUUAAGGGGGCCCAGACCAACACCCUAUAAUUCUGGAUGGUGGGAUUAAGGGCGCCCAGACCAACACCCUAUAAUUCUGAAUGGUGGGAUUAAGGGGGCCCAGACCAACACCCUAUACAUCUGGAUGGUGGGAUUAAGGGCUCCCAUACCAACACCCUAUAAUUCUGGGUGGUGGGAUUAUGGGCGCCCAGACCAACACCCUAUAAUUCUGGAUGGUGGGAUUAAGGGCACCCAGACCAACACCCUAUAAUUCUGGAUGGUGGGAUUAAGGGCACCCAGACCAACACCCUUCAAUCCUGCAUGGUGGGAUGAAGGGGGCCCAGACCAACACCCUAUAAUUCUGGAUGGUGGGAUUAAGGGCGCCUAGACCAACACCUUGUAAUCCUGGAUUGUGGGAUUAAAGGCACCCAGACCAACACCCUAUAAUUCUGGAUGGUGGGAUAAGGGUGCCCAGACCAACCCCCUACAAUUCUGGAUGGUGGGAUUAAGGGCUCACAGACCAACACCCUAUAAUCCUGGAUGGUGGGAUUAAGGGGGCCCUGACGAACACCCUCAAAUCCUGGAUGGUGGGAUUAAGGACUUCUAGACCAACACCCUUUAAUCCUGGAUGGUGGGAUUAAGGGGGCCCAGACCAACACCCUAUAAUUCUGGAUGGUGGGAUUAAGGGCGCCCAGACCAACACCCUUUAAUCCUCGACGGUGAGAUUAAGGGGGCCCAGACCAACACCCUAUAAUUCUGGAUGGUGGGAUUAAGGGCGCCCAGAACAACACCCUAUAAUUCUGAAUGGUGGGAUUAAGGGGGCCCAGACCAACACCCUAUAAUUCUGGAUGGUGGGAUUAAGGGCACCCAGACCAACACCCUUUAAUCCUGGAUGGUGGGAUUGAGGGUACCUAGCCCCACAUCCUAUAAUCCCUGAUGGUGGGAUUAAGGGCGUCCUUGUCCUUUUCUUUAAUUGGUUGGUUGAAAUUGCUCAUACAGUAUGAUCUACAUUUCACACACAUAUAGAGAGAGGUAGCUGGGAACAUGUUUAUUGUGGGUCUAAGAAAACUGUUACAUAUAAAAAAAAAAGCCUUGUAGAACAUUAACAUACAAUGAAUUAACUCCGAAACCUCACAUAGACCUCCAGCCGCAUUGGUGUGAGCAGAAUAUCACUAACUCCAGCACUGUGUGUUCGUGGAGCUGUGACUCCUAGCACCAUGCUAACACUGGCAGCAUUUCCAUUUUCUCAGAGACCUUUUCAAAGAGUGACAAUGAUGGAUUUACUGACUGAUAAAUGAAGGCACUAAGUGCCUUUGGAGGGCCCCUAGUAUAUCUGGAAGCUCUCCAAUUUUUCUUCUAAUUUGGCAGAUUAUUUCCAACCUCCCUUUGAGGUUUAACUCUCCCUGCUCUGAGCCCAGUACCACAUCCUUAGGUCAGUUACCCUCAUAUCGUGUCACUAAAUCCUGCCCAGCUCAGCUCCGUAGAGCCCAGUACCACAUCCUUAAGUCAGUUACCCUCAUAUCGUGUCACUAAAUCCUGCCCAGCUCAGCUCCGUAGAGGCCAGUACUACAUUCUUAGGUCAGUUACCCUCAUAUCGUGUCACUAAAUCCUACCCAGCUCAGCUCCGUAGAGCUCAGUACCACAUCCUUAGGUCAGUUACCCUCAUGUCGUGUCACUAAAUCCUGCCCAGCUCAGCUCCGUAGAGGCCAGUACUACAUUCUUAGGUCAGUUACCCUCAUAUCGUGUCACUAAAUCCUACCCAGCUCAGCUCCGUAGAGCCCAGUACCACAUCCUUAGGUCAGUUACCCUCAUAUCGUGUCACUAAAUCCUACCCAGCUCAGCUCCGUAGAGCCCAGUACCACAUCCUUAGGUCAGUUACCCUCAUGUCGUGUCACUAAAUCCUACCCAGCUCAGCUCCGUAGAGCCAGUACCACAUUCCUUAGGUCAGUUACCCUCAUGUCGUGUCACUAAAUCCUACCCAGCUCAGCUCCGUAGAGCCCAGUACCACAUCCUUAGGUCAGUUACCCUCAUGUCGUGUCACUAAAUCCUACCCAGCUCAGCUCCGUAGAGCCCAUUACCACAUCCUUAGGUCAGUUACCCUCAUGUCGUGUCACUAAAUCCUACCCAGCUCAGCUCCGUAGAGUACCAUCCUUAGGUCAGUUACCCUCAUGUCGUGUCACAGCUCAGCUCCGAGCCCAGUACCACAUCCUUAGGUCAGUUACCCUCAUGUCGUGUCAUUAAAUCCUACCCAGCCCAGCUCCGUAGAGCCCAGUACCACAUCCUUAGGUCAGUUACCCUCAUGUCGUGUCACUAAAUCCUACCCAGCUCAGCUCCGUAGAGCCCAGUACCACAUCCUUAGGUCAGUUACCCUCAUAUCGUCAGCUCACCCAGUACCACAUCCUUACAGUUACCAGCGUGUCACUAAAUCCUACCCAGCUCAGCUCCGUAGAGCCCAGUACCACAUCCUUAAGUCAGUUACCCUCAUGUCGUGUCACUAAAUCCUGCCCAGCCCAGAGGCUCAGCUCCGUAGAGAGCUCAGUACCACAUCCUUAGGUCAGUUACCCUCAUAUCGUGUCAUUAAAUCCUACCCAGCUCAGCUCCGUAGAGCCCAGUACCACAUCCUUAGGUCAGUUACCCUCAUAUCGUGUCACUAAAUCCUACCCAGCUCAGCUCCGUAGAGCCCAGUACCACAUCCUUAGGUCAGUUACCCUCAUGUCGUGUCACUAAAUCCUACCCAGCUCAGCCCGUAGAAUGUAAAGCACAGUAUAGGACUUGGGGCAAGCCUGCAAACAAGACCUUGACAUGAAUGCUGCAGGUCCCCCAUCACUACAAAGAAGAUGAAUAAUAUGGCCAUAAGAAAUGUAUUAGGGGCAAAAGGAAGGCAGUUUAGGCCAUGGGAGGGGCACGGCAGAAUUUGGUAUUUUCUAGUAUAUGAAUAUCGGAAUGAUAAAUCAUCAGCUUUUCCAGAACUACGAUACUCUGAAGCUUUCACUUCUGUAAGGCUGACAAAGAUUCAUGGUAGUUGUAGUUCUACAAAAACUGGGGGUUCCCAUUUUCACUCAUUCUAAUUGCUGCAUUGUGAGACUGUUGAAACAUUAAUCCUCCAUUUAUGUACAAUGUUAUUACUUUAUACUGCAACACUAUCACAUUCAUUUCUCACUAUGCAUAAAAAGAAGCCCUUUCCCCCCACUGGGAAGAAAUAUCUGGCAAUGUUCACUUAAAUCAUCAACCUAUUGUCUAUUGGUUCAAAAUAGCUGCAAACCAGCCGAUUCAACUGCAUUAUCUCAAAAUAGAAUGGAUCUGUUUCCAAACGAGCUUCAUAGCAGCAUUUUCCAAGCUCUCGGUGCUCUGUGAUUGUCAUGUUGUUAUCGAAAAUGCGUGCUGAUUAUGACUGCGGGGGGAAAACAUUGCACAGUUAAAAAUCAGCCAAAAAUGAAACCAUCAGAGAAAUGACGCUUGGCAGGCAUUAGUUAAUUUCAUUUCUGUUUUAUUGCAAAAAAGAGGGGGUUGUAGAAGAUGGAUAGCGAGAGCAGUUGGUGAAAAAAUUUGGGAAGAUAUUCUUGUGUGUUUUGGGGUCUAUUCACUAAACUGUGAAUUUAGUUUAUGUGUAAAGGAGGAGGGUGGUGUGAUCUGUUUUUAAAGGGGAAGUUACUGUCACUAAAGUCUUGGAUGACAAAGUUUGCUUCCUGUGAAAUCUGCUGCAAAUAUACAGAUCAACCCCCUUCUCUCCCAACGAUGUGACUAAAUGGGCAGCCAAGGUACGCAUCCAUGUUCAAACAUGUUGUACACAUAUCUCUCAAUUUUGUAAUAGAGUAAAAUAAAAUAAAUUCAUAUUAUUAUUAUUAUUAUUGGUUCAUGGUAUUAUGUCUUGAACAAAAAUAUAUGGAAAAUCAUGUGGGGUCCUAACAUUGGACCACCCUGUAUAGAUUAUGAAGUUAUUAUUUGACCCAAAGAAUCUCCUUGUUUGCUUGGCGGGCAUACCCUCAGGGAAUACCCUCAGUCUCCGAGUUUACACAGAACGCUUUUGAGAGAGUACCAGUAGUUGUUUGGUUCAUGUAAACCUGGAACCUGGAAUAAACAAGCCCUUUUUACUGGGUUCACUGCUAUACUGAUAAUUUUAUGGAAAUCUCUUAAUAGUAAUAGAUUAGAUUAACAUGCAACUAUAAGAGCUAACCUGUAUCUUGUCUUCAUUCAUAUCAGGAGGUUUUAAUUAGUGAAAGGACAGACAAGGGAGAAUCCCUUAUCUUGUCCAGUGAGCAGGACAUUGUGCAGUCACAUCCACAAGCAGAAACUGAGGAUCCAUUACACCUACAAGAAGGUGCAACUGUUCCUCAACGCCAAGAAAGUGGCAUUGAGUCUUUGCAAAUUCCAGAGGAAAAUGCAGCCCAUCACACUACUGAUAUUGGCCAUAUUCCACCUCAAGAUGAAGGAGAUAAGUCUAGUGGAUCUCAUACAGUGGUCAAUACGGUUUCUGUGAAUCAUGAAGAUAUUACUACUUUGUCUGGGCCCCAGGAAGAAGACAUUGUGCCAAGUAUAUACAAUGUUCUGACAUCUCUGACCCAAGAGGAAGGACAUGCACCUUCAUUGUCUCAUUCUGAUUCAGAAGGUACCAGUCAAUCAGAGGUGCAAGAAGGUGGUAUUACUGUUCAUGAUAAUACUGCAUAUUUGAUACCUCCUGAAGAAACUACAGUUCCUGUAAUGCCCAGUGAAGUGGACAACACACAAUCAAUUCACCUGGAUAAUGCUACAGCUGUCCCUUUACCUGCAGAAGAUGGCCUUGGUUCCAUUUCUUCUACAGAGAAAGAGACAUCACCUGCUGUGCAGCAUGAAGAGGUCCAUGUGGAACUGAGAUCCACAUCUUCUCCAGAUCAUCUGGAAGUGAGUGCCACAUUAUCAGAGCAGAUAAAUGAAAAAUUGCCCUUUGAGCACUUACAGAAUAACAUGGAGGUUCCGCUUAUCACUGAGCAGCCUCCUCUGGAGGAAGAUGAUACUGCCCAGCCUCCUGAAUCUCCUAAGGAACAAGCCUCCUUGUCAAGCCAUCCUGUAGAUCUCCUUCUGAUGAACUUACAAGAUGCAGCCAGCUCUGUGGAGACCCCCGAAAAGGGGGUAAGUAAUCUGCUUUUUAACAAUAAGUGAAAUUACUUGUUUAAUAAGAAUAAUGAUUCCAAUAUUUUUUUCAAGGUUUAUUAACUAAACUCGCAGUGUUUGUUUCUGAUUGGCAUAACUGACGCAAAAUAGCUGAUCUGUUAAAAUUCUCUCAAUCAGCCAUUGCCAGAACUUUGCUAUUUUUGCCUCGGUUAUGCCAUUCAGAAUUAAUCUGCAAGUGUGUCACAUUCACAGGACCUCCACUGUUGAUGGGUGAAACCUACACUUCUUGUGAUAUUUAGAUCAAACUCACUUUUCAAUGUGAUAGCCAGACUCUUGCACAAUGGAGGUUAUUUAAUAAAAGGAAUUGUGCUGAAUUACUAACCGAAUUGCAGGACUUAUGUUAAAAUAAGCAAGCUAUAGAACAGCUUUAUUGGUCUGAAAUUUGCUAUUUGAUUUUUCAUUUACCAUAAUUCUCAGGUUACUAACUAGACAAUAAAAGGGGAAUAUUUACUAACGUGAGCAUUAUGGAGAUUUUAUGAUUGGUUUAGAUGUUUAAAUGUUAGCCAAAAUAGCCUAACUGAACAAUUCUCCAAUUCAGCAUUUUCCCCCAUUUUUGGACUAAACUGUGCAAUUUUCCACAAUUCCAAUCUUAGAGAAUAUCGCCCCAUAAUUUCUUCCAUACUGUUCCUUCCUGCCAUUACUUCCCAACGUUUUUUUGUUUUUUUAAUUUAGGAACUUUCUUUAUAUAUCCAAAUGCUGUACAUUUUAAGCUUGGUGUUUCCUGCUGUGAUUAAUUGCACAUCAAAAAUCAAAAUGAGUACUUUUCCCCUCCCUGGUUUAUAUUCUGCUGUUCUCUCGCAGUGUGAAAUGAUUGGUUGUGGGAAAUGGUGACUUUUUGCUUUUCAAAUAACACAGAUUGUAUGUUAGGGGUAAUUGCUCCAAACUAGUAUAUUAAGGCCUAUAGCAUAAGGCCUAGAUUUGGCCUAUAUAUCAUGUAGAUGAUCUUCUACAGCAUACUUCUGAUCUUCUGAUCUAUAGCAUACUGGAGCAAGUCCUAAAUGCUCUUGAAUUUGUUGAAUUGGCUAUUAGAAUUUAACCUUGGCCAAGUGGACUAAGGAUUAUGAGAAUUAUUGUUCAACGUAACAUUAAUGGGACAUUUCACUGCCAAAAUACAAUUAUUAUUAUUUUUAAUUGCCAUUUAGUAUGUAUACUCCAAUGGUUACAUGCAUGCAUAAUUUUACCUCUCCCCCCCCCCAUUAAGUGUAUAUCUAAAACAGCUAGCAAACUGUGCAGAUCUCUUGUCUGCAGCCAAUACAAGCCCUCUCCUUCUUCCUCAGCACAGACUCUCUUUGUCUGUCCAAUCACAGACUUCCCAAUGCAGCUCAAUGAGACGUCUUUUCAAAGUAGAUGAUCUAGGCCAGUGGUUUCCAAAACAGUCCUCAAGACCCACCAACAGUCCAGGUUUCUCAGUAUCUGCAUUGGAAGAAAACUGUUAAUUAUAUAAAUCCUGGACUGCUGGUGGACCAUGAGGGCUGGUUUGAGAACCAUUGCUCUAAUCAAUUUCCUGUCUCUUGACUUUAGCUCCAUUCAGCUAAACAACCAGAAGGUAACAGGACCAGUUGUCUGAUUCACAGCCAUAGGGUGUAAAAAGUAGGGAUCGAUCGACUAUCGGUUUUACCAAUAUUAUCGUCCGAUAUUAGGUAUUUUCGGCAAUAUCGGUAUCGGCCAAUAUCGAUACCGAUAUUGCCGAUAAUACAUACCAGGACCGCCGGGCCUAUGACAAGCCCGGCGGUCCUGGGGGUGCCGGCAGCAAGCAGUUACUCACCUCCCAGCAGCUCCCUCCAGCUCCCCUGUCUAAAUCUCGGGAGGCCCACGGCCGCAGAACGUUGCCACGGGCUAAUAUGGCAAUGCUCCGCACGGCACGCAGACCGCGAGAGUUAAACUGGGGAGCUGGAGGAGCUGCUGGGAGGUGAGUAACUGCUUGUUGCCGGCCCCCCCCACUGCUCAGUACAAGCCACUGGACCACCAGGGACUGUCAUAUCCCCCCUCCCUGGCCAGGUAACAAGCAGGGAGGGGGGGCAAAAAUAAAAACAUAUAAAUAUUAAAAUUAAAAAAACACACUGCAGAUAAAAAAAAUAAAACGUAUAAAUAUUAAAAAUACAAUUAAAAUAAAAAAUGCCUCCCCUCCUGCCCAUUUUACACAAAUUACAUCCCUCACAAACACACACACUGCAUUCAUUAUACACACACACUAUACAAACACACACACAGCAUUCAUUAUACACACACACACAGCAUUCAUUAUACACAUACACUGCAUUCAUUAUACACACACACACUAUACAAACACACACACUGUAUUCAUUAUACACACACACUGCAUUCAUUAUAUACACACACUAUACAAAAACACACACACUGCAUUCAUUAUAUACACACACUAUACAAACACACACUGCAUUCAUUAUACACACACACUAUACAAACACACACACACUGCAUUCAUUAUACACACACACUAUACAACACACACACACACUGCAUUCAUUAUACACACACACUAUACAAACACAUACACACACUGCAUUCAUUAUACACACACUAUACAAACACACGCACACACUGCAUUCAUUAUAUACACACUAUAUAAACACACACACUGCAUUCAUUAUAUAUACACUAUACAAACACACACUGCAUUCAUUAUAUACACAUACACACACACACUCUAUACAAACACACAGUCUAUACAAACACACACACACUAUACAAACACACACACACUAUACACACACACUGCAUUCAUUAUAUACACACACACUACACAAACACACACACUCUGCAUUCAUUAUAUACACACACUAUACAAACACACACUCUGCAUUCAUUAUAUACACAGACUACACAAACACACUGCAUUCACUUUACGCACACUGCAUUCAGUAUAUACACACUGCAUUCACUUUACGCACACUACACACACUGCAUUCACUUUACGCACACUACUUUCACUACACACAUUCACUAUACACACACUACACAAACACACACUCUGCAUUCACUAUAUAUACACACUACACAAACACUCCCUGCAUUCACUUUACACACUACACACUCACUGCAUUCACUAUACACACUACACACUCACUGCAUUUACUAUACACACUACACAAACACACCCUGCAUUCAUUAUAUACACACUACACAAACACACACUGCAUCCACUACACACAAACACACAGCUCCCCUGUCUAAACACACUCCAUCCACUACAUGUGGCAUGCAUAUUUUGUGCAUUUACCUUUAAAAAUAGUUUAUUUUUUCAAAAUGGUAAAUGUACAGAAUAUCGGCAAGUUAUCGGCUAUCGGCCUGAAAGUUCACAGAUUAUCGGUAUCGUCGGCUUUAAAAAAAACAACAUCGGUCGAUCCCUAGUUAAAAGGUUAAUUUUAUAAAAGUGUAAUCUGCACUGAAAUCUGCACUUUUUGUAAAUUUAACUAAAAGACAACACAUUCUUCACAAAUAAAGCACUAAAGCAAGCUAACAUACUUCAGGUGUUUGGGGUGUCCCUUUAAGAAUUUAUUCAUGAAAAAUAGGGAGUUGUGUUGUGGUUAUAUUAGAACUACCAUAAUGGACAAAAAGAACCAAAUUAGGAAAGCAGCAAAAUGGUAGAAUCUAUUUUUGCCUAUAUUUUGCAAUAUAAAUUUCAACUCAUCAGCUGUUUAUCUGAUAGUAUCUGGCAGGUUCUACUGUUAUCCCUGAUUUUACAAAUUGUGAACUGCAGGUCUUUCUUUCCAAAUCAAAAUAAACAUAAAUGGAUUACACACAUCAUAUACAGCCUAUACAUAUUACAAAGAAGGCAAAACCCCAGUCUGAAACGCUUCCAAUUUUGCAACAAACUAGGAAAAUAUUACUUCUUGACCCCAAAAUAGCAGUCAGAUAUCUCCUUGGACCAAGCAGCUAUUACCCCACUAAUUAGAAAUUAUAUCCCUGUAUGUUACGUUUUUGCAAGUAUUUAUCCAAUGGCUGUUUAAACAUCUGUAUAAAUUCUGAUAAAACCACCUCUUCAGGCAGGGAAUUCCAUAUCCUUAUAGUUCUUACUGUAAAUAAACCUUUUCUUUGCCUUAGAUGAAAUCUCCUUUCUUCCAGCCUAAAUGUGUGACCUCGUGUCCUAUGUAUAGCCCUGUUUAUGAAUAGAUUUCUAGAUAAUGGUUUGUAUUGGCCCCGAAUAUAUUUGUAUAAUGUUAUCAUAUCCCCUCUCAGGCAACGUUUUUCCAAACUAAACAGAUUUAAAUUUGUUAACUUUUAUCCAUUGCUGAUACGUUCCAUUCCUUUUAUCAAUUUUGUAGCUCGACUCUGCACAUUUUCUAGUGCGAUGAUAUCCUUCUUUAAAACAGGUGCCCAGAAUUGCACAGCAUAUUCAAGGUGUGGUCUUACCAGCGAUUUAUAAAGAGGCAAAAUAUUUUUUUCAUCCUGAGACUUGUUUAUAAAUGACAAAACCUUACUGGCCUUAGCAACUCCCGAUUGACAUAUACUAUAUGCUGGGAUUAGCUACACUUCCUGGUAUACAUUUAAAACAUUACUAAGUUUACAUAAGGUUAAUGGACACCUGCAUUUAAAGAGCCAUGUGAAUGUCUAUGAAUGCAGGAUUACAGCAUGCUAUACACUGCUGUAUGUCAUACUACAACAACAUACGUGUAAAUGGCGCUAUACUAUCACUGUGCUCUUUUGUUAUAUUUUUUCACCAAUUUACAGAUGACUAUGACUUUUAUUAAAUAGGAACAGACUGACCCAAUAUAUACCAAGCUCUGAUAAAUCCAAUAAGUCAAAGCUGAAAUAAUUGGAUUGCAUUAUUUAUACUUUAUUGGACAGGACCUUAGAUACUAACGGAUAAUAGAAACUGCCUUAUUAACGUUAGUGUAACUCAUUAAGUGACACUUGAUAGCUGCUGUUACUCUAAAUAUAUUGAGGCCUGUCUAUUAUCAAGGGACAUGUAUAACUGAACAGAUGUCUGUCACAUAGAAAGAAGUAAAACAAAUAACGUAGAAACUAAAUUAAAUAAGUUAAUAUAAUAUAUAUAUAUAUAAUACAAAAAAUAUGUCAAACCCCUGCACUCCAACAAAAAAAUAUAUUUUACCUGGUGCUCUGGUAGCUCAAUUGUAGAAAGUGGAAAGACCGGCACUCAAGGAGUUUUAACAGCUUUUACUGUGUAAAAAUAAAUCAACGUUUCAGCUCCACUAGGGAGCUUUCAUCAGGACAUACAUAUAUAUACAGUUGCAAGAAAACGUAUGUGAACCCUUUGGAAUGAUAUGGAUUUUUGCACAAAUUGGUCAUAAAAUGUGAUCUGAUCAUCAUCUAAGUCACAACAAUAGACAAUCACAGUCUGCUUAAACUAAUAACACACAAAGAAUGAAAUGUUGCCAUGUUUUUAUUGAACACACCAUGUAAACAUUCACAGUGCAGGUGGAAAAGUAUGUGAACCCUUGGAUUUAAUAACUGGUUGAACCUCCUUUGACAGCAAUAACUUCAACCAAACGUUUCCUGUAGUUGCAGAUCAGACGUGCACAACGGUCAGGAGUAAUUCUUGACCAUUCCUCUUUACAGAACUGUGUCAGUUCAGCAAUAUUCUUGGGAUGUCUGGUGUGAAUCACUUUCUUGAGGUCAUGCCACAGCAUCUCAAUCGGGUUGAGGUCAGGACUCUGACUGGGCCACUUCAGAAGGCGUAUUUUCUUCUGUUUAAGCCAUUAUGUUGUUGAUUUACUUCUAUGCUUUGGGUCAUUGUCCUGUUGCAACACCCAUCUUCUGUUGAGCUUCAGCUGGUAGACAUAUGGCCUUAAGUUCUCCUGCAAAAUGUCUUGAUAAACUUGGGAACUCAUUUUUCCUUCGAUGAUAGCAAUCCGUCCCGGCGCAGCAAAGCAGCCCCAAACCAUGAUGCCCCCACCACCAUACUUCACAGUUGGGAUGAGGUUUUGAUGUUGGUGUGCUGUGCCUUUUUUUCGCCACACAUAGUGUUGUGUGUUUCUUCCAAACAACUCAACUUUGGUUUCAUCUGUCCACAGAAUAUUUUGCCAGUACUGCCGUGGAACAUCCAGGUGCUCUUGUGCAAACUGUAAACGCGCAGCAAUGUUUUGUUUGGACAGCAGUGGCUUCCUCUGUGGUAUCCUCCCAUGAAAUCCAUUCUUGUUUAGUGUUUUACGUAUUGUAGAUUCGCUAACAGGGAUGUUAGCAUUUGCCAGUGACUUUUGUAAGUCUUUAGCUGACACUCUAGGAUUCUUCUUCACCUCAUUGAGCAGUCUGUGCUGUGCUCUUGCAGUCAUCUUUACAGGACGGCCACUACUAGGGAGAGUAGCAGCAGUGCUGAACUUUCUCCAUUUAUAGACAAUUUGUCUUACAGUGGACUGAUGAACAUCAAGGCUUUUGGAGAUACUUUUAUAACCCUUUCCAGCUUUAUGCAAAUCAACAAUUCUUAAUCGUAGGUCUUCUGAGAGCUCUUUUGUGCGAGGCAUCAUUCACAUCAGGCAAUGCUUCUUGUGAAAAGCAAACCCAGAACUGGUGUGUGUUUUUUAUAGGGCAGGGCCAACACCUCCAAUCUCAUCUCAUUGAUUGGACUCCAGUUGGCUGACAUCUCACUCCAAUUAGCUCUUGGAGAUGUCAUUGGUCUAGGGGUUCACAUACUUUUCCACCUGCACUGUGAAUGUUUACAUGGUGUGUUCAAUAAAAACAUGGCAACAUUUCAUUCUUUGUGUGUUAUUAGUUUAAGCAGACUGUGAUUGUCUAUUGUUGUGACUUAGAUGAUGAUCAGAUGAUCAGAUCACAUUUUAUGACCAAUUUGUGCAGAAAUCCAUAUCAUUCCAAAGGGUUUACAUACUUUUUCUUGCAACUGUAUGUGUGUGUAUAUAUAUAUAGCUUUAUUAUUUUACUUUUUGAUCUUUUGUUCAAAAAAUACACAACAAUACUCGACUUAUGGAUUUUAGACAAUUGAAAACACAACACAGGUUUAUCCAAAAUAAUAAAUAUUUGCUGAAUAUAUGUGUGGCAUCCUUUUAGUCAGUACUUUGGGUUACAUCCCUUUGCCAAGAUACCAGCUCUGAGUCUUCUCAGAGUGGACUCCUGGUUGUAGUGGUCUUGGUGCUUAUAUUGCUACUGUAAGUCACAAAAUAGUCAAUUACGGUUAAUUAAAAUCCAAUUUUCAAGAUAAGGAAAUACUACAGAGUUGGAGAUUUUUUUUUCAUCGCAAAUUUGCUAUUGUGGCCUUAAAUCAGCAAAUUUGACUUACGUGUAGCCACAAUUUGCAGUUUAGAAUAUAAGUUCAGCAAGUAAAGUAUAUAGAAUUAUGCUAUUAGGAAUUAGCAAUAUUAAAGGAACACUCCAGACUCCUAAAGUAAUUUAGCUUGCUGAAGUGCUUUAUAUGUAAAGACAGUGUCCACUUUUUUUUCACUGCAAAAAGUGCAGAUUUCAAAAGGAAUUGGCAUGUUUAGAAAUCAACCUUGUUACACCUACCCACCCCCCCACCCCUUGCCAGCAGUCUGACAACUGGUCCUGUUACUUCCUGGAACUUUAGUUCAAUGGAGUUAAAUUCAAGAGGCAGCAAUUGCCCAAAACACCUGCCUUGCAAAGACUUCUCAUUGAGCUACACUGUGAAGUCUGUGAUUGGACAGCCACAGAAAAUCUGGGCGGGGUUAGAAGAGGAGGGCUUGCAAAGGCUGAAGAUAAGAGAUCUAUACUUUUUUACAAACUGUUUUUAAACAUACAAUGAAAUGCAUGCUUGUUUUUUUUAUUUGGUUUAUAUGUACUAAACAGUGAACUUGAUUUCUCUUUGUAUUUGGGAAUUGGAGUCUCCCUUUAACUAUAUGUUAAACUGCCUAUAUUGUAUAUAUCUAAAUGUAUUAUCUUAAUCGUAAUUUUAACUUAUUUUGGAGCAAUUCCUCCUGGGUAUUUCUGUAUAAAACCCCUAAAAUUGUAAGCUUUUUAAGGGAAUCUAUAUUUAUUAUGUUUCUUGUGUUUAUAAGCCUAUAAAAUAUGACAAAGUCGCCCUGCACAGCUUUGCUGUUACAAAUAGAUUAAUAUAUCAGUCAGCCCAUGGUACAAGCCACCUUUACAGAUGCAUUUUCAUGCUUUAUGGCCCAAACAUUUUAGGAAAGCUAUGUUUAAAUUUAGCAUGACAGGAACCGAAUUAUAAAUCCCCUUGCUUUGUGUGAUCAUGUGCUUAUUGCCGCAAUCUGACUGUGAUUUUAUACCUUGUACUGAGAUCUCUGUAUGUUAUUGUCAGUAUACUAUUAAAAUGAUAUUUUCACAGCAUGUAAUCUCACUUGGUGUACUGCAAAGUUCUCAAUUUCCCUGCGAUAAAACCUUUUUUCCAGUUAUUCAGGAUGAAUCUAAAUUACCGCAUGUCUCUCUGUGGAACAUGGUUGAUUCUUAGCAUAAAUGCCAAUCAGUUCAUUGCUGAGUACAUAAAGGGUUUGUAAUGGGACAGAUGCAAAAAUCUAUGGCUCGAUGUGUAAAAUGUGCUUACUCCUGUAUCUGCUUCUAUUGAUUCCCAUGAAGUCAAUCUUCACUUGUUUGAUAAUGUGUGUGGACAAAAUGCGGUAAAAAUCAAUGCAAUCCUGUAUGUUCAUGAAAAUAUUCUAAGGAUUAAAUUAAUUUGUGCUAUGCUUGCUAUUAAUCACAUCUUUCUAUAAAGAUCUAUAAGAGGGCAUAGAUCUUUACUGCAUAAAUUUGGGCAAUAGUAAUAAAUUGAGCAUCUGCUUGUUUACAAAAUCAUGAAAUUAAUAAACAACAUUCUCAACUAACGAGUUAAAAGGGUGUGAAAUAUUUAAAGGUUUUGUGUUGAUGUAUGUAUAAAAAUGAACAAUUUAAAUUUUACAUUUUUAAGAUCACUUCCUUUCUGCAAUCAGGACAUUUACAUGGCAGCAUAUACAUGUAAAAUAUAAAAAUGAAAGUAUAAAAUAUGUAUUCCUAACGCUAUAGAGCCCUAACGCUAUAGAACCAUUUAUUUGUUUAACUUAAUCCAGCGCCGGGCUCCCUUGGCACUGGUGACCACUCCUCCUCCAUCGAUGUCAGCUACCGAGUGGAGCAGAAUGCGCAUGUGCGGCCAGAGGCGUGCGCGCAUUCAAACCCGCCCAUAGGAAAGCAUUACUCAAUGCUUUCCUUUGGGGAUCCUUUUUGACACUGGACUCCAUGAGGACGUCCAGCAUCAAAUAAGUGCGAUUUACUCAGUGUAAAUCGUAGAAGCAGCCUCUAGUGGCUGUCAGGGAGACAGCCACAAGAGGCAGGUUUAACCCUGCAUUGUAAACAUAGCAGUUUCUCUGAACUGCAGGGUUAAACUAGGGGGACCUGGCACCCAGACCACUUCAUUGAGUUGAAGUGGUCUGGGUGCCUGUAGUGGUCCUUUAAACCAAAAUGCAAAUAAAGAUAGAAUAAAAUAUCCCUCAAAUUUGCAGCUAUCCUUUUCCUUGUAAAUUAGAAGACUUUUGACAAUUCAAACUGUAUUGGGCACAUGCAAGAGAGAGAGAGAGAAAUAUAAUAUAUAUACAGUGGGACCUCGGAUUACAAAUGCCUCGGUUAAGAUCAUUUUCGGUUUACAAAUGAAAAUCCAUUGAAAAUAAUGCCUCGGUUUACAAAAUUGUUUCGCAAUACAAAGCAAGUUUCCCCAGGAUGUAUUGCACCUGGGAGGUUUAUAGAGCCGCCCACUGCAUGCUGGAGCCUGUGGGUAGCACGUGGCAUUGAGUGUGGAGGUGUUGGAGCGGAUUAUGCAUCGAGUUUUGGAGCCAUUCUGGAAAUUGUUUGCAGUUGUUUUGGGACUUUUUGGUGCAUUUCUCAAGCUGUGGAAAGGUAGGGAGCUGAGCUUCAUCGUUUGCAUGUCUUUUAUUGUGUGUUCAGCAUUGUGGGUUGGUUUCCAUGCCAGCUCGUUUCGACUUAUUUCUGACCUCCAGAAUGGAUUAAUUGGUUUUCAAUGCAUUCCUAUGGGAAAUCGCAUUUCGGUUUACAAAUUUUUCACAAUAAGAAACGUCCCGGAGAACGCAUUAAAUUCGUAAACCGGGGUCCCACUGUAUAGGGAAAUAUUGGCAAAUUACCAAAAUCACAAAAACAAGAUUUCUAUACUUUUAUACAGACGGUAAAUCAACUCUUGUUCUUCCACUGUAUCUUUAUUUUUUAUUUUCUAAUAAUUACACUCAAGUACAAGUGUUUCACCUUCAUCAAUAGACCUUUUCAAGGUAACCUUUAAAUAGGUCUAUAUAUGAAGGCAAACGCGUUGGGUGUGGAGUACUAGGGCCAUAAAGAGACAUUAAACUGUAUUUUAUGCUGCACUUGCAGUUUGGUGGUGCUUUUUAUCUUCCGACAGCUCCUUUCAUUUAGUAAUAAAUUUUAUAUUCAGUAUUACAUUGUGCCUUUAUUUCAUUUUGUUUGACUGUAAUUAUAAGAAGAGGCCAAAUGAAAAUCCAGUGGAAGAUUUUUUUCCAAAGAAUCAUUUAGAAAGGUCGUUGAGACAUCUUUAUUUAUACCUAUCGCAGAGACGCAAAUUAGACCAAUAUGUUCGCGCUUUGCGCUUCCAAUAAUGUUUUUUAUUUUUAUAUUUUCCCUUAGCUCCCAUUUCCUUUGUAAUUAUCAUAUUAGCAGCAUACAUUUUUUCUCCUUUUUUUUGUGUGUGGUAGACAGCCGCGCUAAAUCUUAAGUCAGUAUAGAAAUAAAAUAGUAUAAUGCUGUAUAGGGAAUACUUUAUAACAAUGUUUAAGGGUCCGGAAGGAUUCUAAACAGAUUUGCAGAAUGUAUCCUUUUAUAUCCUAUCUGUUUCCCUUUAGGCAAUCGCGAAUCCACAGAAUAAUAGUCAAAUUAAAUAUGUGAUAGGAUCAGUGUAAUCCAUUUAGUAACAAAUAAGCCAGAGGCUCGAUUGUGUCCUUUGUACUAUGAUAACAGCUCACCUGCAGAAACGAGGUUAUAUAAGCUGUAAAUCCUGUGGGUGAUUGGAGCACAGCACAUGAUAUGAGUCGCUACAGUGGGCAAAAGAGGUUUUAGUUGAUAAACUGUCGAGUACUCACUCUAUUAUCAAAUGAAAUGUGACAUUGAGAUCCUUGAGAGAUUUUAACCAAAGUCUUUAUAAACUUAUUUAUUCUGAUAAAUGUGAUUCUAACAUUUCUUCAGUAGAGACAAGAGCUGGCGUAGGCCCUAGAAUUGCUGUGGUUGUACACCCAUAAUGUACCAGGUGUUGCCCUAGUGUUAGGGUAAGCCAUUGCCUGUCAGGUACACAUAAGAUUGGCAGGGCAUCAUGGGAAGCAUAGUCUAUUUAUUUAGAAGAGUCACAGGUAGAUUAUGGUUUAGUUAUAUCAAGGUUGGCUCAGGUCCCAGGCUGUCUGGCAAAAACAGAAAUUGGUUCAAAAGCAUAUGAAAUAGUAUGUUUUUAUGUGUGAUAAGUAAGGGAAUUAGUAUGGUUUUUGGAAUGACGAUAUGAGUGCUUGGGUGAUUUAGUGACAGUUGAUAGUUGAGUCCUAAAUGAAGAGUAGGUGAGGUUCCAUAAUAUGAUGAAGGACACUAGAACUUUCAGUUGUUGGUAGGAUUGAAUAAUGCUAGAAUAUAACAUGGAAGAUCUCACAAAGUCAAUGUCUCAAGCAUUUGACAUUCAGUUCUCCAGCUGAAAUGGAAAACCAACUCAGUGUGUUCUUUGCAUGGCAGUCAUGUUUCCUAGGGGAGAACUGCCUCACUCAUUACUCAGUGGUUAGCAUUAACUGAUUAUAUAUCAAGGGAUAUAUAGAUAGAUAGAUAGAUAAACUCUGUAUAUCUCUCUAUACUGGCUGUUGGGUACAAAAGAGAAAGCUUAAAACAAUAAUAGACAGGGAGCUAACAUGGAGGUGUCCAGUUACAGGAUAAAGAGGCAUGAGUUUCUACAUUUAAUUCUAUUUUUUUGUUUGUUUACGCAUUAUACAUAUUUGUUAAAUUUUCCAUAUAUGCAGUUCCACUUUAAGUUGCAAUGGAACCAUAUAACCCUUUGUAUAUCAGCUACUAACUCUAACAGGAGGCACCAUUUAUUUUCUGGACCUAGGGGAGCUUAACUGAUGGUAGUCGUAGCUCCAUAACAGCUGGAAGGCUUGUUAUUGAUUACUUCAGUGUGUGUGUGUGUAUGUGUAUAUAUAUAUAUAUAUAUAUAUAUAACAGUGUCCAUAUCAUCUAUUGGCUAAAUCUUGGCAGAGCAUGGGGAAUCUCCACAACACAGUGAGACUGCUGCCUAUAUAUACACCCAAGUCCUACAAUGUGUACUAGAGUCACGUACUUAUGCCUGGGUCUACAUCUUCUCUCAUAAAUCUCAGAUACAAAUAAAAGCCAGAUGCCUAGAACCUAAAGACCAUUACUAACAUUCUUCUGCCCAUGAGAAUGUACUUGCACCAGAUAGCAUGUGACCUUUCUUACAAUGGUCAUCAUAAGGAGAAAGCAUGGAACCCCAAAUACCCUGGGACACGGGUUGGCAAACUGUGGUGCAGGGUAUCUUUGCAUGACACACAAGAUUGCCAGACUCACAUGAGCCAGUUGAGAAGAUUAGAGGAUCUCCCCAGCCAGGACCCUGUGGUCUCCACCUUUAGUGGGUGCAACCACUACAGGUUAACCUCCCUCACGUACUGUCAUUUCUCUGGCAUCCAGAGUAUUGUCAUAGGUUACCAUGGCAAUGAUCUGUCUCACUGUUAAGAAACAAAGUACCAAUUGGUUUGCACCCUUUGAAGGAGCACCCCGCAAGAUCUACACACGAGAUCACCGGGAUUAACGAAGAUGUAUGCCCCUUUCCUUGGAAAAGAAGGGAGCAUUAAAAACACUAUAAUCUUGUUUAUUUAAAGGAUGUAUUCAGUGCAGAAAUAGUACCCCACAAUAACCCUGCAGUUAUCAGCCCCACAGACAAACCCCACGCAACACUUUAGAAAGCCACCACACUUACACAUCCUGCAAACAGCUUCCCUACACAUGUAACUAUCACAGACAGCUGACAGUACACAUACAAGUACUACAAGCUACCUACAUACCGAUAGACCACACACAUAUGUAACCGGUAGCCCAUAAAAAACCCGCAGUACUACAAACUGUUUACAUACACAUACAACCAAAGACAGCUACCACCACACACAAGCAAUACCAUGGAAAAGCCAACAUACAAACCGGUAACAUCACUGACAACCUUCACCCAACACACACAUACAUGACUACAGACAGCCCACAUAUAUACAUACAUAACACAACAGGCAAUUAACAUAAAUACACAAUACCACAAACAGUCUAGAUAUAUACAUAACACCACAGACAGCCCCAUGCAUAUAAGUAUCGUAAAGAGAGCACACACAUAAACACACAGAAUGUCACAAAAGGCCCAUGUACACACAAUCCCACAAUUUUCCCAUACACGUGCAUGCAAUGCUAAAAAAAACCACUACACUCACAAAUAUCACCAUAUGCACUCACAUAACACCACAGACAUCUCACACAUAUACAUAGCACACACACACACACACACACACUACAUACAACCUACAUAUAUAAUAUAAACACACAUAUAUACAUAGGCGUGCGCCGCCUAUUGCAUAAGGUUGUGCACCCUAAAGCACAAACACACACGCCGUGUAUAUAUAUAUAUAUAUAUAUAUAUAUAUAUAUAUAUAUAUACACACAUACACUGCUGUGUGUAGGUGCUGUGUGUGUGUGUGUGUGUGAGGGCGAUGUGUGUGUGUGAGGGCGCUGAAUGUGUGUAAGGGUGCUGUGUGUGUUUGUGAGGGUGCUGCUAGUGUGUGUGUGUUUGUAAUGGUGCUGUGUGUGAGGACACAAUGUGUUUGUGAGGGUGCUGUUAGUGUGUGUGUUUGUGUGUAAGGGUACUGUGUGUGUGAGGGUGCUGUUAGUGUGUGUGAGGGCACUGUGUGUGUGUGAAGGUGCUGUUAGUGUGUGUGUGUAAGGGUGCUGUGUGUGAGGAUGCUGUGUGUGUGAGGGUACUGUGUGUGUAUGUGUAAGAGUGAUGUAUAUGUGAGGGUGCUGUUAGUGUGUGUGGUGUUUGUGUGUAUUGUGUGUGGAGGUGGGGGGUACUAUCCCCCCUCCCUUAUUACCUUUUGUAGGGAGGGUGGACCAUGCUGCUGCCAUUCCUGGUGAGUGAACUCUAGCCUGCGGCAACGCUCCGACCUCGCUAGAGGAACCUGACGGAGCUGCUGGCUAGAGCUCCCCGGGUCCUCUCCUGCCUGUGGGCCGGUGAGGGAGAACUUUGAUCUCCCUCACCGGUCCAUUGAGGCACAUAUUGCGGGCCGCGGGGAUAUGUGUGUGUAUAUAUAUGUGUGUGUGUGUGUGUGUAUAUAUAUAUAUAUAUAUAUAUAUAUAUAUAUAUAUAUAUAAACAUAAAGCAGGUGUUCACCAUACUCAUGCAGAAUUCUCCAACAUACAUAAACAUUACUUUAAAAACAAACAAACAAACAGAAACAGCUUUGGCACAGCGCAAUCAAACGGUGUCCUACUCCUGUCCUGUGACAUUCCUUUUAGACUCCUUGGGAAAAGAGGAGUGUGUUUAUUUCCUUGACUGAUGGACAUCCAAUGAUCCUCCUGAGGAUGAAACGCUAUUUGAAACAAAUCUAUCCAGUUUAGAAACGCAUUACCAUGAUUUCUAGAGGUAUUGAUAAUAUUAAUUACAGCGUAUUCUGUAAAGUAAGGUGAAGUAAUACUAAACACUGAAUUCAUUAUCUGUUGGUUAUUGGGUUGAUGCAGCCCUGGAAUAUGCAUUUUUAAAAUAUAUUAACCCUUAAAUGUGAAUUCUUAACCCCUUGCGUUCUGAACAGAGCUCCACGCUAUGUGUUAUUUAACCCCUUUUGAAACCCAAGAGGCUUAUGACCAGCUCUUGGCUUAGCACAAAUUGGAUCCCCCAAAAGCCAGCUAUGACUAGACAGCAGGUACCCCUAGAAAUAUCUAUAAAUCGAAUGAUGGAGCAGUAAAUGUGAUUUUAAAUGAUUAUUUUAUUUUAAGUGUUUGAAUCUGUGUGAUAGAUGUGAUUUGUAUUGAUUACACAGACUGUGUUUAGGAGUAAGCAGUCUGUAGCUUGGCAGCUGUUGUAUUCCUGAUGGCUAUGCCUAGUGCGAUUUGUCAUUUAAUAACUUUUUCAGGUCCAACACAUUAGCUAGUCUUCCUUUGCCUUUAUUGGAUAGUCGACAAUGAAUAUAUGAAUUGUAUAGGAGCAAUAAUUAUCACCUCAAGGACAAAUCUCAGCCUCAUGAGGGCAAACAUUGACAGCCCUGGCAUUUGUGAUAAACAUUUCUCAAUAUGGUGGCUGGCUGAGCAUCGUGGGUAUUGUAAUUCUCAAAUCGUUAAGAUUUCAAGAUUUGCCAACACUGGCCUAUCAGAAGCAGAACUUAUCCAACUCGUCAAUUUUGGCCUAACCUUUUACAAUUUGGACGUUUCAUCAAAAUUUAACUGUUUAGUGCAUCCAACCCUUGGCAGUUUUAAGACCCUGAUUGGUGACGCAUAGACAAUCUUUGCUCCCUAAGAGGUUAAAAUAGGAAUUUUUGAUAAAUGAUAAAUGUAGUUAUUUGCGAUUUGUUCACCACGUUACUGGCGUCAUGCUAUUUCCUAGGUGACAAAGAAAAAAAACAAUAUAAAUAUUUGUACUAAAUGUUCUCUUCCUGAAUGCAUUAUGUCCCAAGAGGCCAUGUAUCUCCGAACAUACAUUCAGAAAAGCUACAGAUUCAGCAGGAUUUAGAUUGCAUCUCCAUUGAGUGGCACAGAAGCCUUGGCCGGCUUUGCAUACAUACCUCAUGGCAAUAAAUCACAUCUGACUUCAUCCCAUGCGUGGUUCCUCCAGUAAAUUAACCUUAAAGCCUUUUAUUGGCUCGUUCAGUGCGGAUGAGAAAGGGGCUUCCACUUUUACCUAAUUACUCUUGGCUUGGUUCUUCUAACUUAUUAUCACUAUUGAUUGUUGCUAGAACGCAGAUCUCUAUAUAAUAAUCAAUCAUUAUUUAAAUGGUGUGUGUUAAAAUAUAAAUCUGCAUGUUUGUGGUUUUUCUUUUGCUUGGCUUUGUGAUUCAGCGCACUUACUGUUUCCUAGGAUGGCACGGUAACUAUUCAGGGCAUCAUUUGCUGCACGCGCUCAGUUCCGAAAAACACAACAAACUUUACAUUAAAGGAACACUAAGUACUAUAACCAUUUCAUCUCAAUGAAUUGUUUAAAGUGGCUGGCGUCCUCUGGCGCAGUCCCUCCCACAUAGCAAUGGCUGCAAGGUAGAAGAUAACAACUGUCCAGUCCAAAUAAGUUGCAAGUAAUGCUCAGUCCGUGUAGCCACUAUAGUGCCCCAGGAAACAUCCCAGUUGGUAUAUUAAAAGGGAGUUAAAUCCCAUCAUAUUUAUAAAAUGGAGAUUAGGGCGUCAGAGUUGUUAUAUAGCUUCUACAAAUACCCUUUAAAGAGUAUAUGUUUCUUGCGGGCUAAACGGUAGGGAUCAUAUUUCAUCCCCCAAGAUACCCAAGUAGCAGGCUAAGGUUGUCGAGUCAUGCGACAAUAUAACACACUUCAGCCACAUGGACAUCACCAAAGCCACCAGUUGGCGGCUUGGCUCACAACCAGGAUCAUGUGUAUGUAAACAAUCUAUGAAUUCAGUUGUUGAUCCAAGAGUGUGUGAAGCCACACUUAGCACAGAGAAACAGGGAGACUAGACAGAGGUAAAAACGAAUCGAAACUAAACUAAAUGUGACUUUAGUAAUGAAUUUUACCCAUCUGCUUUGUAGUAACAUACUGCAGAUAUAUUUCUGGCUACCCUAGAAAUGGCUAGCUUUGUGAAUUAAAACAAUCCAAUGAUCGAGCCUGCCCCAGUUCUCUCAGCCUAUCACUGCUAUCUUAGUAAUGCUGGAUUCUGCUUUAUCAAAUUGGCUGAAGUGAGGGCAGUUUCUGGGUGCCGAGAAGAACUCCAUUGUUUUGUCAAAGCUUAAUGAAAAACAUGGUACGUCACUCAUAGCUUAGAGUUGCCUGUUGAAUAGGAAUAGUAACCUUUUACAGAAAAAAAGGUUUUUCCCUCUCCAUGUUUUCGUCUAUUUCUACAUAUUUAACAGACUGAUCAGAGUCAUAUUGUCAUAAAAAAUGUACCAGAAGACAAACAGAAGCAGUUUUUAAAUUGUAUUUAUUUAAGGAAAAGAGUUAACCAACAUUAACUGGAAAAAGUAAUUGUCCUUUGAUUAGUCAUCACACUAACAAGAUUUAAUUGAAUAAUUUUAUUAACUUAGAGCAGGCACACACAGCCUUAAUUACUGCCAGCCCUGAUUCAUCUAAACAUGCAGGUCUCAGCAAACAGAACGUUAUGUUGCAGUAAAAAAAAAAAAAGAUGAGAUGAGAUAAGAAUCAAAUUGUUGAUAGCCUGAAAAGAGUUAUAAAGGCUAGGUUUGGUAUUCCCGUGAAAUUCAGAGAUAGCCAUGAUCUCCGAUGUGAAAUUGCUUAAAUCAAUAGAGAAUUAUCUGAGGUGUGGCCAACCAAUCAAAAUUCCUCCAAGAACAUUGCGUUUACUCAUCUAAGAAAUCGCAAAAACACCCAGGUCUAUAUGUAAGGCGCUGCAGGCGUCUCCAGCCUCAGGUGUGGUCUGAGUUCAUGAUUCAACAAUAAGAAUUAGACUGAACAUAAUGCAAUUCAUGAGUAAAUUGGUGCAAACUACUGAUAAUUAAGAAAAAUAUUAGUGCUCAUCUUGAAUUUCCAAAAAAAGCACAUAACCCCCAGGCCUGUUGGGAUAAUAAUUUGUGGACAAAUGAGCCAAAAGCGGGUCUAGUCAGAAGACCCACCUUCAUGUAUGUUUGGUAAAAAGCAAACACAGCAUUUCACAAUAUGAACAGAAUACAAAGUAUCAAAGAUGGUGAUGAUAGUGUGAUGGUUAAGAGAUGCUUUCCUGCCUCUGGGGUUGGAGGAGCAUAAUUGAAGGAACCAUGAAUUCUGUUCCCUAGCAUAAAAUGCUGAGGAAAAAUGUCCACCGUCGGUACAUAAUCUGAAACUAAAGUGUAAUUGGAUUUUGUAGCAGCACAUUGAUGCAAAACACAAAAGUAAAUCCACCUUAGAAUGUUAGCGAAGAACCAAAAAUCAAGUUUUGGAUGUGGCCUAGUCAAUAUCUUGACUUAAACUCCACUGAGAUGCUGCAGAAGGACUUUAAACCAGCUGUCCGUGCUCAGGUUUCCCAUGGUCACUGAAUUCCAGCUAGUUUGCUUGAAGAAUGGUUCAAUGGUCCUUGAUGUGAUGUGAAAGACUGAUCUCCAAUUACAGGAAGCAAUUAGUGUCAAUCGUUGCUGCUAAAGGUGACGCAAUCAGUUAUUACAGUAAAAAAAAAGCAAAAUUACUUUUUCACUCAGCCAGUUGGUUUUGGCUAAUUGUUUUCCUUAAAUGAAUAACAUGAUCAUCUAAAAAAAUAAAUACAUUGAUUGGGAGCCUGGCAACCUCUUUAUCGAGACACUGUAGAUUUAGCUUGUUGAUAAUUUCCCAAUAAUAAAAAGGAAAUAAUUUUUAUUUAUGUGAUCCAUAUAGGCAUACCUAAAUAGGCAGGUACGAGCAAUAUUAAGAAGCAAAUAAUAAGGUAAACACUGGAAUAAAUGUACAAGUCUCCUGGAGUGCAUUAUUGACCAAGCCGCUGCAUUUUAUGGGGUCCUGUGAGACCCGGCAACCUCAUUUUUACUUUUGUAGCCUGUUAUAAAUAGCUAAAGAUCUGUGCUAAUGUUCCUCAUCUCUUUAGGCCACCAUGUUACAGACAGAUGGAACUAGGAUAUGAUAUUAUAUUCCAGUACCCACAGUCUAUAAUAUAAAGGAGAAGGAAGGUCUGGGGCCUUUGGAGAGCACAAAUCCCCUCCUAUCAGAUUCUCCCUUUCCAUCCCAGAAAAGUAUGAAAUGGGGCAUUGAGAAGGUGGUUAGACUAAGGAACUGUUGUUAAAAGGAUUUAGAAAAUACUUAUUUAGAAUUUCUAACACAGGGUCCUGUUUACUUUUGUAUUUCUAAUUUCUGCAUUUGUAUCCAACCCUGCACAUCCUAGGUGGAUGUGAGCAAGGUACUUAUAACAGAGGUUCUCCAGACCACCAGCAAUAGACAACCCGCCAUUCCGGUGUACGAAGACCCCUUUGAACGUUCUCUGAAGUACAUGGAGAAGCACAACAUCCUGCAGCUAUUUCAGGUGGGGACAAUAUACACUAUGUCAUGGUAUAAGCAGCACAAACCACCAUUUCCUAUAGGACAGUUUCCAACGUGGAACAAUACGUCUUUCUCCUCCAUUAAAUCAGUUUAGCCAAAACAUGGUAUAGACUUCAAAAUACGAAAACUCCAGUAAUUCUAUGAAGCUAGUUUUAUCAACUACAAAAUGAGGUUACAUCAAGUAAUCUAGAAUUCCUCAUUCUGAGUGGGCGUCUGUGUAUAUAUAUUAAAGGGAACUGUCAUUUCCUAUGUUUUUAAAUAUUAUGUUUACUUAUCCCUAUUUUUAAUUGAUGUAUAUUUUUAAGGUGUGAAUAAUAAAAUUAAAUGUAGAAAUUCACACCUCUUUACCCAAAAACAAGACGCCUCCAUCUUAGCUCCCUGUCAGUCAUUUAUAUAAUCUCUGUCCUUUGCACCUGACAGUCGGGGUAUAGAAAUCAGGGAAGAAUGUUUCUAUUUCUCCUCUCCAUUUGUAAUGUUUACCAUGGCUCUGCUUUGUCUGAAAUCGAUUAUUUAAAAUAAAUGUAAAAGAAAAUUGAGGCUCUCAUGAAAAAGGGUAAACACAAGUUUUUAGUGAUUUUCAUUGUUUAAAUAUCAUAGACGUGACAUUUCCCGUUUAGCUCUUUUAACAACUAGUAAUCUUCCUUGCUGUCAUCACGGUAACAGUCUGGUUAUUAAUUAGCAUAAAUCAAUGUAGUAUAGCCCUGAUGUCAUUAUUUAAGUGCAAUAUUCCAUUUUGAAAUAGAUGCAUUAAAGAACAGAACAGAACAGAUUACUAUGAUAAGGUUGACAGUCAGCGUUCGUUAAGGGGUUAAUACUGUGGCAUUUUCAUCGUUUCUAUUGCAUCCGAAACCACAGCAGACAAUGCUGAUCCCAAGAAACGUUACAGAGAUUUUACCGUUUUGUGUCAGACUAGCAUUUAGGCGAAUGCCCUUUAAUUUAUCCCGGGAAAGGUCAAUUUCGUGUAAAUUACACAUUUUAAACCAUUAGUAGAUUUGGAAUGCCAGCUGUCCAAUAAAGAAAUAUGGAAGAUAACUAUAAGAGAGCCAAAAACUGAGAUCAACAAGUCUUUUAUGAAAACAAACAAACAAAAAAACAUAAAAACAACAACCAACUAUAUAGGAAACCACUAUAUUUAUUAAAAACAAGCAAGUAUGAUUAAAUAAACUAUAUGAUAAGCUCAGGAUGUUCACAUAUAUUUAUUUAUUUAUAAAAUAUUUUACCAGGAUGGAUACAUUGAGAUUUCUCUUGUUUUCCAGUAUGUCCUGGGUCCACAAAACAUUGCAUUGAUACAAUAGGAUACAAUAUUACAAAAAUACAAUAUACAAACUAUAUAUAUACACACAUAUACAUUUAAUACAUAACCAGUAAUAAAUAUAUUAAACCAUGAAACGUGCAUUCUGUGCUAAGGUCUAUUGCCAUAGAUCUCUUAAAGAUUUGACUGUGUCCCUAUAUAUGUGUAAUAUAUUACCAAACAGCUAAUAUACUGUGGAAUAAAAGAAAAUUGCUAAUAUAACAACUGUAGCAUUCAAGCGUUUAUGGAAAUUUUUGUGAUGUAUUUAAGGUUUAUAUGAGCCUCCCUGCUACAGCCACUACCUGAACGUGAUGUUCCAUGGACACGUACCUCUACAAAUUGAAUUAUGGAGUUAACUGAAUCAGGGGGAACGUGUAUUAUUCCAGUAGGCUGUGAUCUUUUCAGCAAGUGAUCCUGUUACUUUCCUUGCUGAAUUCCUCUCUCCAAAAGAGUUAGUAAUAAUCUCUUUGUCUUCGUUCCCUUCCACAAUGAAUGAUGUCUGAUCCUGGAACCUAAUUUCCGCCUACACUAUAGAGAGCUUUGUGUCUAACUUGGUCAUUUAUUAAAGGGCGAAUUGUUGGGACUUCAAUCUGAAUUUCAAAUGUAAGGCCAAAGUAACUGAACUGGAAGCAUAGCUGAUUUGAAGAACUUUUCCAGCUCAGCUACUUUGACCUUAAUUGACCACUAUACUCAACAGGACCACUUCAUUGAGUGUGGAUGCAGUGGCUCUGUCGGUUUGGUCCUGCAAUGUCAAAAAGUUGCUGUUUUGGAGAUAUGGCAAUGUUUGCAUUGCAAGGCUAGACACACCUCUGAUGGCUGUAUUCCUGACAGCCACUGGAUAGUGCUUUUACUACUACAGCUGAAUGAGACUCCGUUCUGUGGAGGUCACCUUCCUCAUGCAUUCCAUGAAGACAUUGAACGUCCUCUGAUGCUUCUCAUAUAGAAGCUUUGGAUUCAACGCACUUGUCGUGGAUGUGCUUCUUCUCCCCAGAGAAGUCCAAGAGGAGUCAGCCUGCAAGAAGGCGACACAGCAUGUCUGUAUUCCUAAUGCUAAAGAGUUUCUUUAAGUUUGAAUUCACUCUGAAUUUCCGACAGUCCUCACUUUAGAAAAUAGUCAUGUAAUUAACGGACCACCAGUUGUCAGCCAAUCAUCCUCAGUCUAUUGCAUAACAAAGAGGAUAAAUCAGUCUAAAACAAUUCCUCCAUUUUUUAUUUCCAGCAAAGAACAGAAUAACUUGGUGUGCUUUUCCCCUGUCGAUACAUACAGCAGUUCUUUUUAGCGUUCUCUCCAUAUCGGUUCAUUUCAAACAAUUUUUUGGUUAACAUUCUCGAGUUCUGUCACUUCAUACCAUCCCAUCCAUCAAUGUCAUGCUGUAUUUUGAAUAACGAUAGUGUAUACAGAAGGGCGUGAUAUCACAUGCUGCUCCUUUAAGUAGCAAGGCCUUUCCCUACAAAACGUCUUCCUGUCACUGUCCUGGGCCCUUUCUAACUAUCUCCUGUUACUGAACCUGUUUCUGUCACUGAUCUUGUCUUUAUUACUGUCAGCUUGUCUUUAUAACUGUUUCUGACUUUGCUGUGGUCAGUAUUCUAUCUGUGUUAGGGCAGACUUGAUGAUAUACUGUAUAAAGACACCAAACAGUCAAUAUGCUAUAAGAUAAUAAAAUCAAUAUACUGUAUAAAAACACCAAACAGUCAAUAUACUAUAAGAUAAUUGUUAAGACACCUCUAGUGUCUUUAAGCCAAACCGCCGUUUAGUAGACCUUCCCCGGCUGCAGUACAGUCCCCGUUCGCUUACUCUGUAACACACAAACCAAAUGCAGGGGAAGCGGCAAUCUCCCGAUCGAGAUCCGUGAACGGCUCCAAACUCCCGAACGGCAAUACACGAACUGCUGGUAACCGUUGAACAGCAAUAUUCCCCAAGCGGCUUUCGUUCCAUCCAGCAGUCUCUAAACGUGAAGAAGAAAUCCCCCCCAAUAACGAGACAGAAGCUCCGCAUUGAGGGUCAAACAGAAUCUGGCUUUACUGUGGGCUACCUGCCCGUAUUUAUGCAGGUCUCCCACCUGGUGGACACUCCCCUAGGGGACCAAAUGGGAGACUUAAAUUACAGACAGAUAUGGGGAUCUUCCAGACACACAGUCACAGAUUUUACCCACAGUGCAUUCCCUCCCCUCUGCCCUGGAGUUAAUUACCAAGUAACUCAAUUAACUCCAGGACAAAGCCAGUCGCCAUCUUAGACAUAAAAUAAUAAAAGACAUAAAAAUAUAUAACUACAUAAAAACUGAACAUUUCCCAUUCGUAUUACAUGUCCCCAGAUAGCCUGGAUCUGAGUGCAUAUUAUUAGCGAAUAGCGCUCAGAUCCCACACACAUAGUUCAAUCGCCAUGGAGUCAAAGUUCUUACAGUCUUUCGGUAUACGAAUGACUCCAUGGGAAGGCUAUCUGGGUUAAGUCUUUUCGUAUGCUCUCAAUCUCCCGAACGGCCGGUGUUCGCAUGCUUUCGUGGAGGCAGCCAGGCGUUCCGUUGUUUCAGCGGUGUUCGGCAGAAAAAGUGUCCGUUUUCAGUUCCAUAGAAAUAGAGCCAAACACUGCUGGGCGUUCGCGUGAUUUAAAAUGGCCGCUGCCUCGUGGUCGACAUACGAACGACGACCACCCUGAAUUCGGUUUAAUUGAGAAGUGUCUGCGGUUAACCACAACGUUCUAAUUGGGAUCACUUCGUUAACCAGCAGCACACUCCUCACUUGGGUGGCCGUUCGUUCGGCAGGUUUGUUCGGGAAAAAGAGUCAUUCGAAUGGCUGGGCUAUAGAAACCAGCCAUUCAUACGAACGGGGGACAAACAGACGAAUGCAGUAAAAAUCCAAGCAGACAGAUGGUUCUGUCACAAUAAUAAUAUCAAUAUCCUGUAUACAGACAACAAACAGUCAAUAUACUAUAAGAUAAUAUCAAUAUACUGUAAAAAGACACCAAACAGUCAAUAUACUAUAAGAUAAUAUCAAUAUACCGUAUAAAGACACCAAACAGUCAAUAUACUAUAAGAUAAUAAUAUAAAUAUCCUGUAUACAGACAACAAACAGUCAAUAUACUAUAAGAUAAUAUCAAUAUACUGUAUAAAGACACCAAACAGUCAAUAUACUAUAAGAUAAUAUCAAUAUACUGUAUAAAGACACCAAACAGUCAAUAUACUAUAAGAUAAUAAUAUCAAUAUCCUGUAUACAGACAACAAACAGUCAAUAUACUAUAAGAUAAUAUCAAUAUACUGUAUAAAGACACCAAACAGUCAAUAUACUAUAAGAUAAUAAUAUCAAUAUACUGUAUACAGACAACAAACAGUCAAUAUACUAUAAGAUAAUAUCAAUAUACUGUAUACAGACACCAGUCAAUAUACUAUAAGAUAAUAAUAUCAAUAUCCUGUAUAAAGACACCAGUCAAUAUACUAUAAGAUAAUAUCAAUAUACUGUAUAAAGACACCAAACAGUCAAUAUACUAUAAGAUAAUAUCAAUAUACUGUAUACAGACACCAGUCAAUAUACUAUAAGAUAAUAAUAUCAAUAUCCUGUAUAAAGACACCAGUCAAUAUACUAUAAGAUAAUAUCAAUAUACUGUAUAAAGACACCAGUCAAUAUACUAUAAGAUAAUAAUAUCAAUAUACUGUAUAAAGACACCAAACAGUCAAUAUACUAUAAGAUAAUAUCAAUAUACCGUAUAAAGACACCAAACAGUCAAUAUACUAUAAGAUAAUAUCAAUAUACUGUAUAAAGACACCAAACAGUCAAUAUGCUAUAAGAUAAUAUCAAUAUACUGUAUAAAGACACCAAACAGUCAAUAUGCUAUAAGAUAAUAUCAAUAUACUGUAUACAGACACCAAACAGUCAAUAUACUAUACUCCCCUGUUGUGAGAGGGAGGCUGUAAAGCAGAGCAGGCACAGCUCUUAGAAGAGCUAGUGAUUAUAAUACUCCAAAGAGCUAUCCCAAGAGCAGGGAUUAUCGCUAGCAUCGCUUUUCCCUACAAGCACGAGUGUGCCACCCAGGUGGACCUUGUUGGGCACAGGGAUGUAAGAUUAACAUGCCAAUAAGAACAGAGUUUUACAUUCAGACACUUCCAUACAGUGUACACAAUCCCUCCCCUCUGCUUGGGAGAUAAUUGAAUUACUGUAUUAACUCAAUUAUCUCCAAACAAAAAAUACACGUUUUUACCCAUUUCUGGAAAUACCACAAAAACACAUAAGAGAAUCCCCUAAAACAUACAUUCCCUGAUAGAUCCGAUCUGGGGGAACAACAUACUUAAAAAUCACCCAGAUCGGUUCAGGGGUUCAAAAGUUAGCUGGAGGUCACAUUUCUGCCUGGCUGCCCACGAGGCUACUGCCCAGAAUAGUUACAUUAAUUCAGCUGGGUCGGCCAGGUCUAUUUCGAGAAUAUGAAAAUACAUCAAAAUAACGAUAUAACUGUUUGUGUCUAUGAUUCCCCAGUGUCUCUUGUUCGUAUGCUUCAAUGUACCGAACGCCGCUGCUUUCAUAUAAAGGACAGACGAAUUACUGGAAGUCCCAGCGGUGUUCGUGUGGUCGAGUGCCUGAAAACAAUUCCAUACACUCGAUGACAAAACACUGUUGGCCGGUCGACAGUUUAAGAUGGCCGCAGCAGCGUGUUCGUGCAUACGAACAACGACCACCCAGCCGACCGCUCAGAAUGUUGAGGUGUUUGCGGUUUCCCAAAGUGUUAGAAAGGUUAAAAAGGUCAAUAGGCAGCAAACUACUGGGUGGUCGGUCGUUCGGUAAUUAGUUCGGUUUUUCAAACAAGAUCAGAAUGUACAUUGGAGAAGUUAAAACUACCGAACAAACCAACAAACUCAUAAUUAGAAAUAUAAAAUCCAGGGACAGCGAGGUCUGUCACAAUAAUAAUAUCAAUAUACUGUAUAAAGACAACAAACAGUCAAUAUACUGUAAGAAAAUAAUAUCCAUAUAUUGUAUAAAGACACCAAACAGUCAAUAUGCUAUAAGAUAAGAAUAUCGAUAUACUGUAUAAAGACAAAAAACAGUCAAUAUGCUGAAGAGUAAACAUUUAGCGACAAACAACAUUAAACUGAUAAUUUACCAGGGUCGUAGCUGUUAUCAGUGUGAGUAGGGGUGUGGCCAGGGACAGAGCUCUUAUUAGUGUGAGUGGGGGUGUGGCCAGGGACAGGGCUGCUAUUAGUGUGGGUGUGGUCAGGGACGGGGCUGUUAUUAUUGUGAGUGGGGGGGGGGCUGUUCUGAAAAUUUUAGGUGACUUACUUAGAAUUAAUACAACUAAAAUGUAAUUUAUAACAAGAACACUUUCCACAGACUGAUUUUUAAAACACAGUUAUUGUAGUUUAAAGACACAUUACUGGGAGUAUUAUUGCUGUGGAGCUCUGUUAUACACUCAGACCCAUUACUGGGAGUAUUAUGACUGUGGAGCUCUGUUAUACACUCAGACACAUAACUGGGAGUAUUAUUACUGUGGAGCUCUGUUAUACACUCAGACACAUUACUGGGAGUAUUAUUGCGGUGGAGCUUUGUUACACACUCGGACAUACCAACAAUAUGGAGCUUCAAAAAAAAAGAUGGAUUUGGGACAUAAAUAGGGGCUGUCCCUCAUAUAGGACACUUGGGAGGUAGGGGGUGACUGACUCUUCUUUCAGGGAUGUGAUAAUGCCUUCCUCAGGGCUGAUGGACUCCUUGAAGAGUCACAAUGACCAACUUUGCUCAUUGAAUAUCACAGACUAGGGAUCACAGAGAUACUGCCUAUAAGCAGAGAUUUUUUACAAUUGCCAGCAUUCACUCACAGUGCAAUAACACAAAUAAUCCAAUCAAGAUUGUUCUUUGUCUACAAUUCCAAAUUUAGUGACUAAAUCUUUUACGCAUUCACGAUAGACAUGAUUGCGCUAUGUUGAAUUAAAAAUGUAUUUUGUCAAUUUUACCAGGUGUUUAUGGUGCAAUGCUGCCCCUUAGUGGUAGCUCUGCAACAUUACAGGGAUAACUAUUAUUUAUCCAGAAUAUUGCUAAGGAUUUAACUGUUCAGCAGGUGUCAGGGGUCCAUCUAAACCCCAAUGCCAUAAAAAUAUAUUUUACCAGUGCUUUAUAAAGCAAAUCUACUUGUAGUCAAUGUUAUUAUUAAAUAAAUGACAUUGCUGGUAUUUCCUAUGGCUUUCAAUGCUUUGCGUCACUGUUUUGAUUAAUAAUUGGACAAAUUGCAAUGCUUUGCGUUUAUCAAAUUAUUUUCUUGGCAUAUGUUUUUCAGGAGAUAACUGAAGAUUUGGUCUUCGAGAAACCAGAAGAUCCUUUGGAAUUUAUGUUGGAAAAGGUAAUGUUCAUGACAUGGGGCUGUGAAAUUGCCGUCACUAAUGGCACACAGUUUAUAUUUUCUAUGUGCAAGCCGUCUUGUAGGGUGACCCAUUAUGGGGUAGAUUGUCUUGGUGGUAAUGUUUGGCGUAACUGUUCUAAUAGCCAGUUAUUAAAGUGGGUUGUUUGCUUUUGUAAGAAUGGAGUUAUUAGAGGGUUUAUUCGCUAAGCAGUGAAUUUUAGUGAAUUAAAAGCAAGUAGCAAGAUUAAGGCUAAACUAGCCAAACUGUGACUAUAACCAAAUUGGAUUUUUUUUUUUUUUUUUUUUUAUAAAUGAAAUAUUUCAGGUUUAAUUUAGUGAUUUUGUUUUUUAGAUCACCACAAGCACCAUAGAUAUUUUAAUAAAAUUACAAUUAUUUAUAUAGCGGCAUCAUAGUCUGCUGCGCUGUAGAAUAGGUUAAGCAGACAAGCAUUUAAUUCUAACAAUGCAUGUAUCACAUACAGGAACAGUAGCUGAUCUGACAGUGUGUAGGGAUGAGGGACAAUUACAGAGAAGGAAGUGAGGGAAUCAAAUGAUCUGUAUGAUGGGAGGGGUGUUCCGAAGGAGGGAUAAAGCAACCCUUGUGCAAUCUCCUACCCCCAAACAAAGACAGAAAAACUCUUCUUGAUUCAGCGCUAAGGCCAAAUUCUUCCGGUCCUCAUCCGGUAACGCCACUCGCCCUUACUGGAAAUGGAGAGAGGUCAGGGAGGAUAAGCUGAGGGUAGGACUUGGGCAACGUGAAGGAGAAGCAUGCAGCUGUACGGUCUCCAAGCACCACAACCACUACAAAAUGCUGACGUGGUGAUGGUGCUUGGAGUAAUCCUUUUUUUAAAUCAAUAUAGAAAAGGGAGAUUAUAAUAAUAGUUUUGUUAAAAAAGUCCCAACUCUUCAUGAAAUUAUAAAAUAAAUAGUACAAUGUCAUGUGCAAAGUAUGUGCAAUUAUACAAACUGACUCCACAAGAAAAGCAUUAAGAGAUAAAUAAGUAAAUAAAACACCAAACACCUAAUGCCUUGUGUGGGUCCCUGUAACCACACAAAUCAGGAGAAUGUUUUAUAAAAGAGCAUGGAAGACAAAGGAUCCAUUCUGUUAGCCCAUCUGCUCCUUAUCCACCAUGGUGGACUCCCUAUACACCCACAGCCAGCGUCAUGGUAGUAUAAUGGAAAUAAUCCUACAGAUUAUUACACUCCUGAUUCCAUUUCCUGGUGUUUGAGUAUCAAAAUGUGCAGGUUCCCAGUACCCCUUAGGGACUAAGAGGGGAUCCAGAGAUUUCUCCAUACCCUCUUCCACUGUGCAGUUAUUGAGAUGUUACAUGUUCAAUUAGCUGGGCUGUUCUGGACCACUUAAUAUCCCUGAAGGAACCUUGGAUGUUAUUCCAUUCUAAUACAAGGAUGCCUAUUUUACUUGGCAGUAGAUGAAGAUACACAGAAAUACAUGGAGUACAGUAGAAUGGAGAAACAAAACCAGAGGACAUACAGGUGAUACUUGAAAAAUUAGAAUAUCGUGCAAAAGUUCAUUUAUUUCAGUAAUGCAACGUAAAAGGUGAAACUAAUAUAUGAGAUUGACGCAUUACAUGCAAAGCAAGAUAGUUCAAGCCGUGAUUUGUCAUAAGUGCAUUCAUGGCUUACAGCUCAUGAAAACCCCAAAUCCACAAUCUCAGUAAAUUAGAAUAUUACAUGCAAUCAAUAAAACAAGGAGUGUACAUAGAACAAUAUUGGACCUCUGAAAAGUGUAAGCAUGCAUAUGGACUCAGUACUUGGUUUGGGCCCCUUUUGCAGCAAUUACUUCCUCAAUGCGGCGUGGCAUGGAAGCUAUCAGCAUGUGGCACUGCUGAGGUGUUAUGGAAGACCAGGAUGCUACAAUAGCUGCCUUCAGCUCUUCUGCAUUGUUCAGUCUCAUGUCUCUCAUCUUUCUCUUUGCAAUGUCCCAUAGAUUCUCUAUGGGGUUCAGGUCAGGUGAGUUUGCUGGCCAAUCAAGCACAGUAAUCCCACAGUCAUUGAACCAGGCUUUGGUGCUUUUGGCAGUGUGGGCAGGUGCCAAGUUCUGCUGGAAAAUGAAGUCAGCAUCCCCAUAAAGCUCGUCUGCGGAAGGAAGCAUGAAGUGCUCCAAAAUCUCCUGGUAGACGGCUGUGUUGACCCUGGACUUAAUGAAGCACAGUGGACCAACACCAGCAGGUGACAUGGCUCCCCAAAUCAACACAGAGUGUGACUCUCCAUUCUUCCUCCAGACUCUGGGUCCUUGGUUUGCAAAAGUUGCUCUUAUCAGAAAAGAGGACUUUGGACCACUGAGCAACAGACCAGGUCUGUUUUUCUUUAGCCCAGGUAAGACGCUUCUGACGUUGUUUGUUUUUCAGGAGCGGCUUGACAAGAGGAAUGCGACAUCUGAAGCUCAUGUCCAGGAUCCGUCUGUGUGUGGUGGCUCUUGAUGCACUGACUCCAGCCUCAGUCCACUACUUGUGAAAGUCCCCAACAUAUUUGAAUGGCCUUUUCCUGACAAUCCUCUCCAGGCUGCGGUCAUCCCUGCUGCUUGUGCACCUUUUUCUUCCACACUUUUCCCUUCCACAUAACUUUCUAUUAAUGUGCUCUCAUACAGCAGUUUGGGAACAUCCAACUUCCUUCGUAAUUACCUUUUGAGGCUUUCCCUCCUUAUGGAAGGUGUCAAUGAUGGUUUCCUGCACAACUGUCAGGUCAGCAGUCUUCCCCAUAAUUGUGAUUCCUACUGAACCAGACUGAGAGACCAUUUAAAGGCUCAGAAACCCUUUGCAGGUGUUAUGGCUUACUUAGCUGAUUAGAGUGCGACACUGUGAGCCUAGAAUAUUGCACCUUUUCACAAUAUUCUAAUUUACUGAGAUUGUGGAUUUGGGGUUUUCAUGAGCUGAAAGCCAUAAUCAUCGCACUUAUGACAAAUCACGGCUUGAACUAUCUUGCUUUGCAUGUAUUGUGUCUAUCUCAUAUAUUAGUUUCCCCUUUUACGUUGCAUUACUGAAAUAAAUGAACUUUUGCGCGAUAUUCUAAUUUUUCGAGUAUCACCUGUACAUUUUGCUCAGUUAGCUGAACAUUGAGUCAAUGCAUCUCUAUGAGGAUAUGCUGAUUGGCACAAUGAUUGCCAUACAUUAACCCCCCAGUGCUAGUCCCCCAGCGUGGUAGUGUGUGCCCAUUGCUCUUUGGGUUCAGCCAGGACCAUCUCUUUCAUAGGUUUGCAUAAGGAAUGUGUUUAUGGGCCGUGGGGAGCAACUUCAUGGGAAUUUCCCAAAAGCAUCUGAUUUAAGAUAUUACUUUGAUAUUUCCUGAUACAAGGAUACAAUCUUCUUUGUACCAUAACUGGUAGUAGUUAUGUGCUUAGAUUGCCUUCUUAACUUCUGUUCCCCUAUACAUAUUAUAACUAAAGUCUCUGAUCCCCACAUGUAAAGUCCUCGCUCUCACCUCUCCAUCCUCUCGCUUAAAGAAAUAUCUGAUACUCAGAGUCAGAACUCGUUAAUGCAAUGUUUAGCUGUUAUUAUGUCUUCGAAACUGAGCCAUGACAUUUGUGACUUGCUAUUGUAUUCCAAUGAUAAUAUUCUGUUAAAAUCCUGGUCAUCAUCCACAUUAAAGAAGUUUCCUCUACGUUAGACUAAUACUUGGAUGUUUGCCACUGUUAGGAAAUGGCAGGCAGCCAUAUUGUUCUUUUGCGAGCUCGCUAAGUAGCUGUUUUUUUCUCUUGUAAUAUGUAUUACCAACAGUAGUUUUAAUCUAGUUGUGUUUCCUGCAGAUUACUUGUAAUGUCCUCCUGGCAAAAUAUUGUGGUUGUUUUGCAGUAAAACCAAUAAAAUGCUUAUUAAGGCUGUUUUAUUUAUUUAUUUAUAUUCCCACUGCUAGUAUUGAUGUUUGCAUGAGCGCUCCCAGGUAAUAAGAUUCGAGAAGCGGCAGCACAGGUCUCAUUAAAGCUGACAAAAAAGCCUUUCUAAUACACAAAGUCUAAAGAUUAACUGAAGAAUCGCUGCAACAUCCGCCAAGGGGAGGAUUUGUGUUAAAGCGAAGAGCGUCUUGCGUUCGAAACUAUUUGUACCGUGCCGGCCCUUCUCAGCAAUAUCGAAUUUUAUAUCAUAUAGUCCAUAUGCUUAGCAAUAAAAAGAUACGAGAAUGUUUUGAUUACAUCAGAGAAAGUCUGCCAUUUACACUCGGAGGAGAUUUUUUAUAAGGAAACAGCCAUAUUUAUUCAUUUAUUUCUCUUGUCCCUGCUCCUUUGCUCUAACUAUAUGAUGUCAUGACUAUAUAUAUAUAUAUACAUACACUGUUUAUUGGCUGCUUUAAUGAGUAAAAUUCAUUUAGGAAAAGGAAGCCAAGAGUUUGAAAUGUUGCUGUUAUAUUGGCGUAUUUGGUUACGCAUAUCCUAUUCCGAGACAAGGACAUAUGUGCCCUAGAGAGUCAUUUGUGUGAGGAUUAGAGGGUAUGUUUAUUAGAUGUUUGGUGUAUAGAUAUAUUUCAUAUCCAUAAUAAGGAAAAUUGCUGAGAGAAAUUCAUAGAACAUCUCUCUCUGGAUUGGUGUUAAAUAAAACUUUGGAGUGAUUUUCAAAUGGAUGUCAAACCAAUGAAUAUAUUAUUGUAGACUUUUUACCAUAUGCAAUAUCCAUGCUUAGAGAUGAUGUGCCCUCUAGCACAAGGCAUAAAGAAAAUCGAGCAGGUCCAUCACUCAAUAACUCAGCAUUGUUCCUUGAUUUCUUUGUACAUUACGUAGUUCUCGAAAGCAUUAUUUUGACUCAGACAUUUAGAGGAGUCAUUUAGAUUCCAGGGCCCGCAUUUGUAACAAAUAAAAUCUAUUAAAGGGACACUGUAGGCACUCAGGCCACCUUAACUCAAUGGGUGCAGUUUCCCUGUCCCCUUAUGUAAACCAUUGCAGUUUUAGAUAAAUGGCAAUGUUUACAUUGCAGGGUUAAGACAGCCUCUAGUGAUUGUCUAACAGAUAGCUACUAGAGACGAUUCCUGCAGUAUCACAAACUUAAACGUUUUGCAUGAGGAGGUCCAGGAUCUUAAAAAAUCCUUUCCUAUGGGGUAGACCUAAUGCACUUGCCGCACAUAUGCAUUAAGUUCCCGGAUCGUGCUGUUGGAGGUGAAGCCUAAACCAGCACUGAGGGACCUUGGCGCUGGAAUCAGGUAAGUGAAUAAAAUAGUUUUUAAACCCUGCAUGGCUGUGUGUAAGACCAGGAAGGGCCACGAAUGCAGAGCAACACUUUAGUGUUAUUAAUACAGAUUUGUAUUUCUAACAUUGUAGUGUACCUUUAAAUAGACACUUUAGGCACCAAAACAACUUUAGCUUACUGAAGCAGUUUUUGUGUAUAGAUAAUGCCCCUGCAGUCUAACUGCUCAAUUCUCUUCCAUUUAGGAAAUCACUUUUGUUUCUGUUUAUGCAGCCGUAGUCACACAUCCCCUUGCUGUGACUCACACAGCCUUAAUGAAAAAAAUUGUUUCAUUUUCAAUCAGAUGUUAGCUUGGUUUAGAAGUUUACAUCUCCUGCUCUCUAAAUUUAACUUUAAUUAUAAUCAGGGGCCGUCUGCAUGGUCAAGAAGGGUAUUAACAAAGCAGGAGGUAAAAAAUUCUAAAUUAAACAGACUGUGCUAUAAAGUUUAAACAUUAUAUCUCUCUUUACAGGAAAUGUUUAGGAAGGCUGUGUAAGCCACAUGCAGGGAGGUGUAACUAGGGCUGCAUAAACAAAGUGAUUUAACUCCUAAAUUGCAGAGUAUUGAACAGCGAGAGUGCAGGAACAUUAUCUAUACACCAAAACUGUUUCAUUAUGCUAAAAUAGUUUUGGUUCCUAGAAUGUCCCUUUAAAUAAACUGAUUACUUACCUGUAAUCCAACAAAGAGACAGCCUCUUUUCUGCAGCCUGAUCUUCCUCUGGUGAGGUAUUAAAGCUUGAUACUGAUAUUGUCCAAUACAAUGUUUCUCACUGUGAAGCAUUCGGCUUUAUUGCACAUGCUCAGCUAUCACCUCAAUGUGCAGAUCAUAGAGAAACAUUGAAUCCAAUACUUCUCUAUGACAAGCAUUAAAUGACCGUUCAACGUCCUCAUGCCAUGCAUGAUGGCAUUGAAUGUCAGGAACUAAGUCAGACUUGGUAGUCACUGCAGCAGCACCAUCUAGUGGCUGUCAGUGUAACAGCCACAAGAGAUGUGUUUAGUCCUGCAAUGUUAACAUUGCCAUGUCUCUGGAAUGAAGAUGUUUUGUAUUGCAGGAACAGAAUGCCAGGGACUCUGCAGCCAGACAACUUAAAUGAGAUAAAGUGUUCUGGGUUCUAAUAGUGAUCCUUUUAAGGAACAUUCUAACACUAGGAAUACAAGCAUUUAUUCCUAAUCUUAGACGGUUUUGCUAUUUAGAUUUAUGCUCCCCCCUCCCCCCACCACCACUAGAAACAAAACAAUAAAUAGUAUUACUUAACCGUAGUCCACCAGUGCGCUGGUCUUGUUGGUCUGCUGGGGGGGCUGGCAAUCACCGUAAACAUCAGAGGUGGCCACUAGAGGUAGCUUUAGGAAUCAGUGUAAACACUGCCUUUUCUGAAGUGGUGAUGGUGCUUAAAAAGAUUCUCCAGUGCCAGGAAAACAUAUUCCCACCCCUUCAGUGACUUACCGGAGUCCAGCGCCGAUUUCCUUUGGUGCUGGGUCAGGCUCCACCUACUCUCCUCCACCGCCGAUAUCAACCGGCGGGGGAGACCUAAUGUGUAUGCGUGACAAUGGCCGCACAAGCGUAUUAGACCUCCCCAGAGAAAAACAUUAUACAAUGCUUUCCUAUAGGGAAUUCGGCGACACUGGAGGUCCUCACAUAGCGUGAGAACGUCCAGCGUCGCUUAAAACACUUUUUUCAUGUUCUAUGAACACUGAAGUCCCUCUAGUGGCUGUCUGGUAGACAGCCACUAGAGGAGGAGUUAACCCUGCAAGGUAAUUAUUGCGGUUUAUGAAAACUGCAAUAAUUACACUUGCAGGGUUAAGGGAAGUGGGAGUUGGCACCGAGACCACUCCAAUGGGCAGAAGUGGUCUGGGUGCCUGGAGUGUCCCUUUAAAGUGUCACUUUUAGGACAAGAGCAGUUUUAACCCCUUAAGGACCAAACUUCUGGAAUAAAAGGGAAUCAUGACAUGUCACACAUGUCAUGUGUCCAUAAAGGGUUAAUAAACUCCAUCUUUCUCAUUUAGUGCACAAUGAGGAUUCUUUGCUUCUUUUUAAUGGGUGUUUAGUGCUUCCUUUUCAUAUGUCAUAAAAAAUAUAUAACUCCUUAUCUAGCAUGGCAAUACAUAGGGCAACACUAUAAUACAUGUUUUAUGUGUUUGUUCACUAUAGGCUUUGACUUAAUAGUGCUGGAAACGCUUUUCAAAUGACUUAACAUCUUUGGAUACGCUUUUAAAAUUAUUUUUUUUCAAAAUAUUAAAAUAUCAAAAAAUACAUUGUAUAUAGAAAAGUAUCAAUAUAUGAAAACAAUUUAAAAAUAUUAAAAUGUUUUCAAUUUCUAAAAACAUUUUAAUUGUUUAUCUAAAUAUAUUAAAUCAGAACCAUAAUUUGAAGACAAUUAUUGAAGUUACCGAAAAGUUUAUUAAAAUAGAUUAAUUGUGCUCGGGGGGAUAAAUAACCUAUUCCUGGGGUUUUUAUAUAUUUUGCACAGUUAUAGGUUGUUUAGUAAAAGGGGGUCCCGUUGUUUUGAAAUAAUAUUUGCUAACUCUUUCUUAAAGGGACACUAUAGUCACCAAAACAACUUUAGCUUAAUGAAGCCGUUUUGCGUCUAGAUCGUGCCCAUGCCGUCUCACUGCUCAAUUCUCUGCCAUUUAGGAGUUAAAUCACUUUUGUUUAUGAACCCUAGUCACAGCUUCCUAUAUGUGACUUGCACAGCCUUCCUAAACACUUCCUGUAAAGAGUAAUCUAAAGUUUAUCCUUCCUUUAUUGCAAGUUCCGUUAAUUUAGAUUUUCCCAUCCCCUGCUAUGUUAAUAGCUUGCUAGACCCUGCAAGAGCCUCCUGUAUGUGAAUUAAGUUCAAUUGACAGAGCAGGAGAUAAAAUUGUUUAAGGUAAAUUACAUUUGAUUGAAAGUAAGACCAGUUUUUUUUUUCGUGCAGGCUGUGUCAAUCAGAGCCAGGGGAGGUGUGGCAAGGCUGCAUAAACAGAAACAAAGUGAUUUAACCCCUAAAUGGCAGUGAAUUGAGCAGUGAAACUUCAGUCAUGAUCAAUACACUAAAACUGCUCUAUUAAGCUAAAGUUGUUCAGGUGACUAUAGUGUUCCUUCAAUAAUGUUCUGACACUUUUUCUGCUCCCUCCUGAAAGGUGCAGUCUAUGAUCAGCAGCAAGAAGGACCAGUAAUAACGAUGUCAUCACCGGACAAGCCAUUUACAUGAGAUUAACCUACCUGCUAGUCUGUGGACAAUGACUGUGAAUAGAUUGCGGACUGUGCCAGUAAAACUGGAUCACUUCUUCCACUAAUAAAUGGUUGGCGUUAUCACACUGGUGAAGUUGUAAAUGCAUAUCAAAAACGUAGCGCCUCCUACUGGAUUAGAGGAGGGCAGCGAGUGAAUAACAUAGAUUGAACAUCUCUUUCUCUCGUUCCUGCUCUCUCUUAGUCUUUCUCCAUCAAAUUGUAUUACAUUUUUCCACAUUUAUUCUACUGAUACCAUAGCAAUUUCAACAAUUCCCAUUGCUAAUGUACCUUCUACCUUUUAUUUUGUAAUUAACCUGUUACAAUUAAUGUAUGGUCCCGUGGGCCUUGGCCAUUCUUCUCAUAUGAACCAGGACAUACCAUCUCCAUCUAUUGCCUCCACAAUGACUAUUAAUACCGUUUAUACCAUGAGCACUGCUAGAACUUUAACAGGUACAAUUAUUAUCAUUAGCAUUGCUACCAUACGGAUUUCAUAAGCCAUGUUGAAAAUGGUGAUUCAAGGGUUUAUUCAUCUCCUUAGUUUUAGUUAAGCUCCAAAAUAGGCACGCACAGCUCAUUAGGACUCAUGAGCAGCUCAAGAACUUCUCAUUGCUCCUGACUUGCCUCAGGUAGAGAAACAGCCAUUAACCUUGAUGAUUUAUAACCGAUUCCUAUUUUUUUUGGCCUUUGACACCCUAGCAAGUGAACAUUGUCUGUCUAGAGCAAGAAAAUGAUAUUUAUACCUUGAGCUACAAAAAAAGUACAAACGUGUGUAAAACUGAAAUGAAAAAGGGGACUUUAAAAACCAUUGUGUAGCCCCCGAGGAGUCCUGAUCAUUAUCCUGAAUUCCGGCUUCUGUACAGUUCACUCGAGGAUGACUUUCAGAGGAUUGAGUGGCACAGAGUACCCGCUGCGCUCUCUCAUACAGGCAUCUCGUUUUAUUUAUAUAAUCAUGUAUAAUGCAUUUUAACCUACUGAUUUUGUGCUGCUCUUCGCAUCUGAAAACACAUCUCCUGCUGAUGGUCUUCCCGACAGAGUGUUUAAUCAUGUAAUCAUGUGUUGCUCUAAUUGUCUUAUAUUACCUUACUAUGCAAACAAGGCAUCUGAUUUCGCAAUUUUAUGAUUGGCAGUUUAUUACCGCAUAAAUAUGUGCAGUAGGACAUGUCAAGAAGAGUGAUUAUGGUGGUAUAAUUAUGCAUCUUAUUAGGAGUGUAGUUAAGUUCUGCUGCCGUUUGCCAUAGGAGCGAUAGAACUACGUUUAUUCUUAAGGUGCACUCGUCAUGAUAAUAGCAGUGACUAAGUUUACAAUGUGUACAAUAUAUGAAUCUAUUAUGUGGGGUUUAUUCUCUAAACAGUUAAGUUGACAAACAAAUAGCUACAUUUAGGACUCACUUGACGAUCUGUAAAGAAGGCACAGCUCUGUUGUCACUUCAACCCAAAUUUGCAUAGUGCCUCCAAGUUAAAUGCAGUCUAGCAGGUCCGAAUAUGAUUAGAUCACGAGUCAGAUCUGCCAUGUCUGCGACGUUAAUUAAAUACAUUUCUUCAUUAAAAAAA